GUAUGUUUUGGCCCGGUUUCUCGUCGUGCAGACAACGGUAUACUUAUUGUCACUUUUCUUCUAAAACUGAGUAGCCAAUGGGUUAAAUAUGCAUUGGCUUGUGUUUACAUUGAUUUACCUAUCGGUGAAAUGAAAAAAAAAAGCGAAACUGUCUGAGUUCAUUCAUAACUUAGCUCGCGGCCAGUGUCGUCCGCAAUGGCAGAGGAAAAUUGCCGGAAAGAAAGGUAAGGCCCAGUUCAAACGUUGAUCUUUUCAUGUACCUAACUUAAUACCUAUUUAGGUCUACCCAAAUGGUUGGAGGUUGAUUCAGACGUCGAACUUAAAGUGUAGUCGAAUUCGAUUCAUUUUCACGAUUCAAUGGUCUAGAAUGCUUUAAACAAGUGAAAAUAAAGUUUAGUAAUUUGUGCAUUAGUUUCAGCACAUGAGAAGUUCGACUUUUCAACAGGGCCUAACAGUGAUGAUUGUAGCCGUCUUUUUUAUAAGUUAAAACUCUAUUUUUAUCAGGAAAAGAUUUCUUUAACUCAAAAGGUGUUGGCUUAGGAAAGGACUCAAAUAAAAACAUAGACUAGUUUUGAAAACUAGCUAACUUUAAUUUGUACCCUUAUUCUUCUGAUUGGUAUUCUUCGUAUAAAAUAAGAAACCCUUCUUCAGUAAUUGAGCCUUCUGCGAGAGAAAUUGCAAACGAGUUUCGCACAUGACUUCACCGUCCUCUGUUUUGUUGUCCGAUCUUAAAUUGAAAAUUUUCGCGGCUUCUUACCGUCAUGGUCCCAGGCCGCCCGUAUACGCAUCCAACCGUCCCAGCCUACCGUAGUGACCUAUCUUAAAGUCCCUAUCAUCUCAUAUCCAACGCGCCCUCGUGGAAUAAUUGUUAAAUAUGAAGGGGUAUAUGAAGUACUUACCUGUUGAGGGGUUCUUUGAGCCUGCAGUGCAAUCAGUCAUCGACAUAGCAACCGAGUAGAAAAUGGCGGACACAAGGGACGAUCGGAACACAAACUUCUGCUCUUCAGUUGUUGUUGGAUAAUUUGCCUAAAAUUAUGGUUGUCACAAUGGCACAUGUGAAGGAUGUAGAAGUGGAACCUCCCAUGCACUUACAGCGUCCUUCUUCUGGUCGUUCUCAGGAUGUAUCGCAUUUACUUGCAAGUGUUUUUCGGGAGGUUUUCACCCGUGAUGUUAUUGGCGAAGACACCGUCAAAAACCUUGCUAUUUCUAAGAGUGGUGACGCUAGUUACCACGAUAAAUAUGUGGAACAGUUGAGAAAGGUGAGGAGUAAUGCAAAACGCUGUGGCUGUGCGCAACCUACAUUGGGCUGUUGCAUUUAAGACGGAAUCCAUCAGGAGAUAGAAUAAUUUUAAUUUUCAGCCGACAAAAACCUUGUACCAAAAUAAUUAAUUUAAACAAUAUCGCAGGGUUGUCACUAAGAUUUCAAGUUGCUGGGUAUUUGUUGUUAGUAGCCGGGGAAGUCGCAAGCAGUCCUAGAGACCCCCCCUUAAUGAAGUUUUUGCAGCGCAACUUCUUCCGUUUUCUAAAACGCAUUACCGCCCCAAAAAGGCAAUCUUCAUCAAGAGUACAGCUAUCAUUAGCGGUUUUAUGAUGAUCACGUCUUUAUUAAAGAAAACAACAUCAUUCGGAGACCCUAAAAUAAUAAGUUUUUACUUUACGUAAAAGCUCGUUGGAGAGUUUUUUUAGUGGCCGCCAAAUGGGAGUAUACAUGUAAGCACCGGGUCUGAAAUAGAUGACAGGUAGGCACCGGUCACGUUAUCCGCGCAGUCUUAUCUUCACGCAGACAAGGCGCAUGCUGGCCAGUGAAGUGUUAAAUCACAACGAUACUUUACAAAUGUUAAAAAUGUGGAAAGGACAAUCGAUUCUUAUAUGGUGCAAAUGAAUUAACAUGCGUUUAAAAUCAAUUGUAAAUCCUCAUUUAGUUAUACGUAAGAACGAAACAAGUUACAGAAAACAAAAGUAAAACUAACAUUACAAAUGAAUCAACUCACGGAGAAGCGGAAAGACGACAAGCGGACGAUGAAUGUACGAAAAAGCAUCAUAAACACAAGGUUACUACGGUUUGUUGAAAAAUAAAAGUAUGAUAACGCUAAAACAAGCGUAACGUACGAAAAACCGCGGGAUAAAAUAUGGCAAAACUAAACUGCACAACUGGUAACAUUAGUGGUCUCGAAUUUAGGAACGAAACAUCACUUAACAUACGAAGAAACUGACAUACGGAAAAGCAUUUAAAAGAGAGGGCUAAUACUUUAUAAACGACGCUGAGAUGUCAAAACGAGACUCGGGGAGAAGAAUGCAAAAGUAAUGCUAAUGCUUAACUUCCCUUUUAAAUAUAACUUCUUGGAAGUAGAACUGAGAAGAUGUGAUCAUGACCUGCGGACAAUGAUCUAACAUUUCCCGUUGACUGUGCGUUAUUUUAUAUACUCGAUACCUCACAAAGCUAAAUAUAGACCUGGUCACUUAAACGUCAAUUUAUUAAACAUAGCAAUCAGUCAUAGUGUUCAUCUUCAAAGCCUUCAUCAUAAUCCUCAUUAUCAUCAACAUCAGCAUCAGGGAGAUUUAACGCUCGGAUGAAGCCUCAACUUCUUCUGUGAUGUCAACAGAGAUCUGCUCAGGUCUUUCAUCGUGAACAAAGAGUGCAGAUUCCUUUGCCACUUCUUCGACAUGUUCAACACAAAGCCGACACAACGGUUGAAACUAGGGACUUUUAGCAUCGACAAAGGUGACGGCAGCAAAAACGUCGCUUUUAAAAUGAAUUGGCAUUUUUUCCAACUUUGUCUCGUUUAUUUCAGUUCGCUGAAAAUAGCUAAUGUAGGCCAAUUUCCCUAGAGUUGAUUUCUUUGGGACCGCACUCAAGUUUAGAAAGAGAAAGAAAAGUUUGUCUUCGAUUGUUUACGUCCUCCAUAAAACGUGAAACUAGGGGUGCGUUCGAUUGGGAAAUCUGGAUUUAGAUUUCAAAAUCCGGAUUUCGGAUUUGCAAUCGAACGCGAAAUCCGAAAACGGAUUUCAACGCUAAGAUAUCUGUUUUUGGAUUUUCAUUUUUACCGUUCGAUGGGGAAAUCCGAAAAAGGAUUUGAAAAACUGUCGUUAAGAACAGCGGUCUUGCACGCCGCACGCAUAAUUAGGAAAAAUAAGACCGCUGUUCACGAGAACAGUUUUGCAAAUCCGUUUUGGAUUUCCCAAUCGAACGGUAAAAGGAAAUCCAUGAAAUCCGGUUUGGAUUUCUUAAUUGAAAUCCACCCUGAGGGGCGGAUUUCUCGGAGGUGAAAUCCGUUUUCGGUUUUCGCGUUUGAUUAAAAUCCGGUUUAGAUUUUGAAAAUCUAAAUCCGGAUUUCCCAAUCAACUGCCUGUAAGCAUUUUCACGUCGUAGUCGUGCAGUAACGGCAAAGAAAUGUACAAAAAAGCGUGAUGCACGUGCAAACUAGUUGUUUUGCUCAAUAAACCAAUUGCUUUUUUGACGUUCUCGUUGCCGUCGCCGUCGCCGUCGCCGUCGCCGUCGCCGUUGCUAAAACUCCUGACCGACAUUUCGCGAACGGAGAGUUUUCGUGCGUGUGUACUAGUACCAAAUCUAAGGCAGAUGUCUUUUUCCGAUAUUUCUUAGUUUUUGCACGCGAGUAUUUAAAAAUUACUUGAACCUGCUGCAGAUGAAACUUUCAUUUAGUUUGAUGGAUAGUCUUUGUGUGUUUCAAAGGUGUGCUCUUUUGGUUUAAUUUAAUGACGAAAGUAGCCGGGGGCCAUGCUCUGAGUAGCCGGGGGAAAUCCCCGGCCCCCGGCCGUUAGUGACAACCCUGAUAUCGUAUUCGUUUUUUUAUCUUUUUCAAGGGCUAUGAAUAUAAUUAGUUAUCUGCAGGGUUGUCACUAUGGCCGGGGCCCGGGAUUUCCGCCACUCAGAGCAUGGUCCCCGCUACUUUCGCUUUUCCGUUAAAUUAAACCAAAAGAGCACACCUUGACACACAAAGACUAUCCAUCCAACUAAAUGCAAGUUUCAUCUGUAGGAGGUUUAAGUAAUUUUGUAAUACUCGCGUGCAAAAACUAAGAAAUGUCAGAAAAAGACAUCUGACCUAGAUUUGGUACUAGUACACACGCAUUCAAACUCUCCGCUCACGAAAUGUCAAUAGGAAGUUUUAGCAACGACGACAGCGACGGCAACGAGAACGCCAAAAAGCAAUUGGUUUAUUGAGCAAAACAACUAGUUUGGCGCUUAACGCAUCACUCUUUUUGUCCAUUUCUCUGCCGUUAUUGCACGACUGCGACGUGAAAAUGCCUAGUUUCACGCUUUUAAGGAGGACGAAACAAGCUACGACAAACUUUUCUUUCUCUUUCUAAACUUGAGCGCGGUCCCAAAGAAAUCAACUCCAGGGAAAUUGGCCUACAAUAGCUAUUUUCAGCGACGGAAUUGAAAUAAACGCGACAAGGUUGGAAAAACGCCAAUUCAUUAUAAAAGUGACGCCGCUGCCGUCACCUUUGUCGAUGCUGAAAGUCCGCUAGUUUCAACCAUUGUGUCGGCCUUGUGUUGAACAUGUUGAAGAAGUGGCAAAGGAAUCUGCACUCUUUGUUCACGAUGAAAGACCUGAGCAGAUCUCUGUUGACAUCACAGAAGAAGUUAAGGCUUCAUCCGAAAGCGUUAAAUCUCCUGAUGCUGAUGUUGAUGAUAAUGAGGAUUAUGAUGAAGGCUUUGAAGAUGAAGACUCUGACUGAUUGCUAUGUUUAAUAAAUUGACAUUUAAGUGACCAGGUCUACAUUUAGCUUUAGGUAUUGAGUAUAUAAAAUAACGCACGGUCAACGGAAAUGUUCGAUCACUGUCAGCAGGUCAUGAUCACAUCCUCUCAGUUCUACUUGAAGAAGUUAUAUAAAAGGGAAGUUAAGCAUUAGCAUUGCUUUUUGCAUUCUUCUCCUUGAGUCUCGCUUUUGACAUCUCAGCGUUGUUUAUAAAGUAUUAGCCGCCUUUUAAACGCUUUUCCGCAGGUCAGUUUCUUCGUAUGUUAUUAAAGUGAUGUUUCGCUCCUAAAUUCGAGACCGCUAAUGUCACCAGUUGUGCAGUUGAUUUUUGCCAGGGUAUUUUAUCCCGCGAUUUUUUCGACGUUACGCUUGUUUUAACCUUAUCACACUUUUAUUUUUCAACAAACCAUGGUAACCUUAUGUUUAUGAUGCUUUUUCGUAUAUUCAUUGGCCGUUUUUCUUCUUUCCGCUUCUCUUUAGGUAAAUUAGGUUUACUUUUGUUUUCCGUCAGUUGUUUCGUUGUUACGUAUAACUAAAUGAGGAUUUACAAUUGAUUUUACAGCGCAUGUUAAUUCAUUUGCAGUAAAAACUUAUUAUUUUAGUGUCUCAGAAUGUUGUAGUUUUCUUUAAUAAAGACGUCAUCAUCAUAGUAGCUGUAUGAUAGCUGAACUCUUGAUGAAGAUUGCUUUUUGGGGGCGGUAACGCCUUUUGGAAAACGGUAGAAGUUGCACUUCAAAAACUUCUUGGGGGGCUUGCUCGACUUCUCCGGCUACUAACAACAAAUACCCGGCAACUUGAAAUCUUAGUGACAACCCUGUAUCUGUAAUAACACCAAAGACUAUCUCUCAUGGGAGCCCGAGAAAAUAAGUGUCAAAGUUCACAAGAAUUGCGAAAACACGGGUAAUAUUCUGCAAAUUUCAUUUUUAAGGCGUCAUAUUCAGGCCUUACCUUUUCAUCUUUAAUACGCCCUGAAGAUUAAAUAAAAUCGCACUCCCCCCUCAAGGUUUAUUUAAAAUAUAAGUCUUCCCCCUGAAGAAUAAUGGGGUCUAGCCCUGAAGACUUACGUGGGAAUUAAAGCUUCACCCCCAAAUAAUUCCACAAUUUUUUUACUUUACCCGUAAAGAAAUCCUCAAAUUUUUAAACUUACCCCCUGAAGAAUUCUAUUGGUCCUCGACUGAGGGGUGGGGUAUAGUUAUUAACUAAAAUAGCCCAAUAACUUUGUUUUUACUCCCUUUUUAAGCUUGCACAUAUACGAAUGAAAAUGACAUUUGUAUGCAGCUAUUUUGAGAAAGUUUGAAAGGUAUUGUUGGUCAUUUUGAGUGCACUGCAGCUUUUCAAAGCAAUUUGAAAGAAUGGCACGAGAGGCCAUGGACAUGUGUUUGCGAGUGCUAAAGGAAAGAAACAAAGCUAUGGUCGUUAGGAACAGUAUAUUGAUCGUAUCCCAUAUUACCUUUCAGGAUUGUCAUGUGCACAUUUUUUUUCUGACAGCCUUUCUUGAAAUAGCUGUAUGCAGUUUAAACAGCUGCAAUUCUGUAGUGAAGUCUCUUCAGAGUUUAAUGGUUUGAUAAUAAAACAAUUCCUAAUGUUCUUGCUUGAAGAUACAAGAGGAGCGUGAUCAUCGACAUAGACAGGCAGACAUGUUAGAAGCUCAUAUCAUGCAGGCACAAGCUGCAGCUAUGGCCGCAGAUGAAAGGGAGCUUCAAAGAAUGUCUGAAGGCUAUGAGAAUUAUCAUGUGCUUGGCCUUCCUCCAGGUACUAUAAUUUUUUGCUUCUGUGCUUUACUCUGUAAGAGCGCUAUCAUGUCAGUGGCCAAUCCAGACCUUCAGAUAAGGGCAGGGGGGGAGGGGGUUGGGGGGGUAGUGGUCAUCCAGACCCAGCAAUAUUGAAAAUCAAAGUCUUUCUAAAGUGAUGAAUUACAUAUAAGGGAACUGUUUAAUGAAGAAAUAAAUGCAAAGAAGAUCUUUGCAAUUUAUAAAGAUGCAAGUUAUGCAGUUGCAAAAAGAAAAUUUUUCAGGCUUUCUUUUUGCAAGUUCCUCAUAAGCUGGGUCUUAAACUUGAUGAUCUCCUUUGCAUUCUGUGUUUCCAGUAUGAAAUUUAUAAGUAUAUUCAUCAUCUCACGUUCACCACUCCUGGGGAUAUUAUUAUUAGAGAGUUUAACCCAUUCGCUCCUGGAGAUUUUGCCGAAAAACGCAUUUUGAAGCUAGUCGAGUGGUUUUCUGGUCACUGUCGUGCUAUAAAGAGCUAAUACUUACCACAAACUGGUUUACAGGUCGAACACUUCGCGGCCUUCUGAUCCAGAUGCAAAAUAUCAGCUUGAGAAGUUCGGGCAUGCGCAGAAAGCAAAAUUUCGAGAUAGUUUUUGAGUUUAAAAGUGACACAGCAGUCUUGACUUUUACUUUUCGCUUUCUCUCCUCCCUUCUUUUUUCGCUUUUCUUGCCUCAUUUUUUUUUCUCCUGCUGGGCAUUUAGUAGGCUUCUUUUUGGUGGAAAGAGUUUUUAGGAAAGCUUUUAGGAUCCUAGGAUUAGGUGAAAGGAAAGGUAGGUGGGUAAUGGAACAAGAUUUUCAUGGAGAUUUUCAGGUCAAUGUCACGUGGUUUUUUGCUUGUUUCUACGGUGUCCUUGACUGAAUUGUGCUCAUUCGGGUAUGGUUUGAAAGAUCUCUUCACUCUGCACAAGUUAACGAAGAAAGUUGUCCUUGACCGUUAAAACUGAUGACGUCACAAUGGGUAGAAAGGACCUGGAUCCGCACGGGCGGUUCAGGGGCGAAUGGGUUAUGCAUCACUUAUAAAAUUAUGGCAAAUGGCAAACGUCAGAUUCAAGUUGAGAAUUUCUCAAAAUAGAAAAUGAACAGAAUAAAACAGCUUAAAACAAUUCCUAUGGGUAAAAAAUUGUGUGAAACUCCUAAUUUAUGUGUUGAAAUAAUGAACAGUAAACGACAAGAAAGAAGAAGCCUGGUCACAUGGUACAAAUUCUCGUUUGAUGUUAGACGUAAACAGGAUGCUUAGCCUCCCUAUUACAAAUCAAUUUAAUGACCAUUCCCCAAUUUUUUGCAACCUCAAUUGGUUAAGCAGUGCACUGAUAUCACAGAGGUCAGGGUUUGAAUCCUAGCAAGCCUGAAUUUUUUCAGGUUUCGUUUUUGUAACUGCAUAAGUUGCAUCUUUAACUGUGAUGUUCUUCUUUGCAUAUAUUUCAAUUUUUUAAACAAGUUUUAAUAAGGUAAACUUUGAGCAAAAUAGAAGAAAAAACACCAACUUGCUGGAAGUGAACCUGUUAUUAAUGCCUGCAUCGCAAGUGGAGGUUGGGUGCCCAUGGGCCAGGGGCUGCAACCGCAAUAAAUUACACCCCAAGGCAGAAGAACACCCACAGGCCUACCAGGCUGCAACCCAGCCACAAGCCUAAUAAAUUAUUCUUGAACCAAUGACAACAGUGGCUCCUGCAUCACUCCCUUAUCUGAUUUCACAGUAUAUGAAAACAAUGAUUCUAGAUAUAAUCUAAAUACUGUAUAUAGUUUUCUAGUAAAGUACAGUAAGCGUUGUUUGUAGUUUGUUUGAUUGAGUUUGUAUUUUUGAGACAAAUCCAACAAUCUCUCAUUCUAACAUUUUAGGUCAGUUUUCUUAAUUUAGCAUACUUAACUGUAUUUGAUAUAGUUUUCUACUUUGUCACUUGUUGGCAUAAUGUCCUUGAAGAUUUUGCACUGAAGUAUCUCAUGCAUUAUGUGAGGUAGAAGAGGGCUACAUAUAGCUUGGUUUUUUCUGGACUUGGCACCCAGCUUAACCAAUAGUACUAGUAUAUUGCCACUCUUUCAGGAUAGGAUACCAUACAGUAAACAAUAAAUAUUGCAUAUAAGAACCUUUGACUUCAGGGCUCAGGCUAAUCCAGUUCUUAUUUCCCAUAUGCUUAGUGAGAAAUCAGCUUGGAAAUGUUCUUAAAAUUUGUUUCAGAAAUAUUAUACAUAAUACAUUACUAGAGGUCUAAUUAACUUACAGUGUUUUAUUACAUUAAAAGCAGAAAAUAAAUUUUAAAUAAAGAAUAAAUUAACACUGUCACUAUUAUAAUUGAACUUAUUAUUCAUUUCCCCAAUUCUAAUUGGCUAAAAGCACAUGCAUAAUUCACCAUAACCAGCUACUGAUGACCAAAAUUUAAUUUGGAAGAACUUUGCAAUUAAUCAACCGAUGACAUAAAAAAUGCAGCUUUCUUGCAGGUUAAUGCACCGUUAACCGAGAACAACUGGGUACGAGGUUGAGUUGUUUUGGUUGUGAAAACAAAAAUGGCGGAAAUUAAAUGAAAACGUGGCAAGAACAGCAAGAAGACAAUAACACCCUCCAAGAUCUCCAUAAUCCUUCAUAUGAUACGAAAGCUGAAUUCAAUAAUUGUUUUAUUAUUCAUUCAAAAUAAUUCCUAGUUUAAAAACAUAGCUAAAACAAGCUUACCUGCAUCGAUGUUAUGUUUAUCUUCGAUAGUUUACAUUUAGGUUUGUCCAGCUCCGCAAAUAUUCUCCAAAUAGCAGAUGUCGCCUUCCGAGUUGUCUUCUUGCGGUUUUAUUUCGCGUAGUUCCAGCUGUACUUCUUACACUUGAAACCAGUGAAGUGUCCGCCAUUUUAGUUUUUGCAACGAAAACAACUCAAUCUCGUCCGGAGGUCUUCUUGGUUAACAGUGCAUUAACCUGUAGAAGGAUGUAUUUCUGACGUCAUUUCCUCGUUAAACACAAAAUUCUUCCAAGUCUGGUCAUCAGUAGCUGGUUAUGGCGAAUUAUGCUUGCACUUUAAGCCAAUCAGAAUCGGGGAAAUAUUUUGAAUGAAUAAUAAUGCAUGUUUUAGCUAUGUUUUUAAACAAGGAAUUAUUUUGAAUGAAUAAUAAAACAAUUAUUAUUGAAUUCGGCUUUCAUAUCAUAUGAAAAUUAUGGAGAUCUUGGAGGGUGUUAUCUGCCUCGAGGCCUCGACGGACAACUCCCUCCUCGAUUUCCAUAAUUCUUCAUAAGAUACUCGACCUCAUUCAUUAAUUGUUAAAUAUGAGUUAACUGUAUUGGUUUGUUAUCAUGGCAAUACUGGCAUUCUCGUUCUUUUUAUAUUGGCCAACUUUCGGCCUUAUGUUCUUAAUCCACUUGUUCUUACAUGCGUUUGCUUACUGUAUUGCAAGGUCACCUCUAGCAUUACAAUCCCAGCAACCAUUAUCAUCAGGGAUGAGAGGGUUAAUGUGACAUAGCUAAAGGUUUUGAAGUACAGCUUCAUGAAGCUCUACUUAGCCCCAAGUACAGGGCACAACAAAACUGCAGUUUGAUAGUGCAGGGCUGUGGAGCAGCUAUUUGGGCUAGCAUAUUCUAAUUAAUUACAGGAUACCUGAUGCAUAAGUAAAGAGAAGAAGUUAAAAUUAAUAGGUAAAGUGAGGUUGGUGGGCCUGCAGGACUGCUCUGAGCUAGGAAUUUUCAGUUAAAGCAAAAUUUUAAAUUUUCAUCCUACCCUGAGAUCAGGCCCAGUUGUUCAUAAGGAUAGCACUACUGCAUCCACUGGAUAGAUGACACUAACCAGACAGUGAAGAAUGUAAGACACAGUAUUAAUUGUGAAAACCAUUUGCAAUAUCCUUUGAUUGGAGAUUUAUUGAUGGAUAGCACUAUCCACUUGGUGGGGGUGCACCACCCAGUUCCCCAAACCCUUACCCUAUUUCAGACCAAAAAAUGUCAUUAACACACCAUUUUCAGACCUGGCCUCUAAGAAAUUAUGUCAUCAUUACUCACAUUAGAGGGUGUGUCAACAUUAAAGAUUUCUUAUAAUCCAUUUCAAACUCACAUAUUUCUCUUUCUUCCUUAUUCAUUUGGAAUUGGAACAAUAAAUACAUUCAUACUUUCCCUUUAAGCUUCCUCAAAAGCCAUACCCGAUUCCAGACCAAAAUGGGCCAAGUUUAUACCCUUUUUCAAACCAAAACUGUGCAAAAACCACACCCUUUGGGGAAGCACAUGCCUAUAUGGCUUUUCUAAGGGAGUACCGCCCCAGGAAGCAACUGGGUCCUGAUGCUGCAUACUUAGGCUUAUCCAUAGUAAACUUGAUGCACUCAUACAGUUUACAACUAUUGUUCAUUAUCAAAAGGUCAAGUGAAUUCAUGAUAAUAUAUUUCAGUGCUACAUUAUUCUUUCAACAUUACAUUACAUUAUUCUUUCAGCUAAGUCAAGCCUUAGAAACUGUCUUGACACCGAGUUGUUACGACGCCACAACCUCAUAGUACCAGAAGACUUUUCAUCAGAGGAGAUGUCACCAAAAAAAGCUCCGCAAGGUCAGUCAUAAUCCAUUUUAGUGCCAAAUCUGCAUACAGGAUACCUUUAAACUAGUAGUUGCCUGCUAGCAAGCUCUCAAGAAAAGGGGAGCUAGCGCUGUGGGUGGAGAUGAAGAGAACAAAGAGGUGACAGCUUGAUCAUGAAAGUAUUAAAGGUCUCAGGAUAUGAAUUCCACCUCCAACACCCAUUGUAGUAGUCUCUCCUUGUCUGAGGUGUCAGUUUUUGGCUUAUCAGUGCAGACUGAAAACCAGCUCUUCAAAUGAAGAGGAUAAUAGAAAAAUGUCCAUUAAUAAAGUGACUUUUUAGUUAUUUUGGAUUGUUUAAAAGAGAUGUGCCGUACUGAAACCAUUGCAGUCAGACUAUUGUUAAAGUGGUAACCAAGCAAUUUGCCGCUGCCUUACUUAAUAUAUUACAAGUAUAAUUAUGCCAAUAAAUUUUAAAGCUGAGUCAUUCUUUUCCAAUUGACAUACUGGAGUGAAAAACCAUUUUGUUAAAAUGCCAGAGCAUCUUUAAAAAAAAAAUGAAAGUUGUGAAAAACAGAAUGUCGGAACUGUUUCUCCAGACAAUAAACUCACGCUCACGAUAAAGAACUUGCAGAACUGUUUUAAUACUUCUAACUCUCUCUCAGUAAAGAUCACUAACUCUCACCAUGUGCCUUUUUUGCUGAUACAUCACUUCUUGAAAACGACAUCCUAUAAUAUCCAUAAUCCUAGCUCCCAGGCCCAGACAACCUUUGGGUGCGCCUGACUAGUUUACAAAUUAAAAAAAAACACGAACGAAACAUUCUUAACAUCCGAAUAUCAACCUACGAAUUCUCACACUCUCCCCUAUUUGAUACAAGUAAUUGGGAUCAAAUAAACGUAAGUUCAGUGUUCGACUGCUUCUUCUUCCGCAAUGCGGCAAAUGUUCUCUGCUGCUGCAGCUGCAGCCCUCCUAACGGGGCGAAACUCCCUUGCUCUGGGAUUUAGGGAUGGGUCCUCUCUCACACGCUGCUCUUGAUCACAGGAAAGCUCUAAAGGAAACAGAUGCUGGACUGCCCGUUCAAGGUAAGAUUUUUCUGCCCUCAGCCUAACGGCUCGUACCACCCCAUCUCGGCCUUGGAAAAGCUUGACUACAAUGCCCAUGUUCCAUUUCCCACGGUUACGUUCAGCAUCGUGGAUAAGGAUGACAUCUCCUAGCUUGAUGAUCAUCUGUUUGGAUUUGUGCUUCAUAUUGUGUCUUUCCCUCAGGGACUUCAGAUACUCCCCACUCCACCGAUUCCAUAAGACCUCUUUACACCGGCGUAGAUACUUCACCCUCUUCCUCAAGUCAGCAUCUCCUUCUUCUGUGCUUUCUUCUGGGACAAGUCUUGGUUGACCAAACAUCAUGGCACAAGGAGUCAAAACUGGUAGCUGCACGUCGUCUUCCACGUAUGACAGAGGGCGAUCAUUCACAGCCACUUCUACAUCCAGCAAGACUUCCUCAAGCUCAUUCCAUGUAAGACUAGCUCGACCAAUACUUUUGUACAAUGCCCGUUUUACAACGCCCACAAGCCUCUCAAAUUGUCCCCCCCACCAGGGGGCUCUGCUUAGAUUGAAUUGCCACCUUAUUUCCUGAUGAGCGAGGUAGUUCUGCAGCUGUUCAUGUUUUACCACCCCUUUGAACCAUUUUGCUGCGGCAACAAAAGUUCGCCCGUUAUCAGAAUAAAUCUUCCUGGGACGGCCUCUCCUCGCGAUAAACCCUUUCAGAUGCUUGAUGAACUCCUCAGCUGUUUGGUUUGGCAGCAACUCCAGGUGGACAGCUCUAGUUAAGCUGCAGGCAAAUAGCAAAAUAUUCGCUUUUCCUUCUUUCUUUGUCUUGAGUUUGUACCCUAACUGUCCUGCAAAGUCUAGGCCAACAACUUCGAAAGGGGUUGAUCCUUCCGUCCUGUCUGUAGGCAAAUUUCCAACUGGUGGGUUUGAGAAGGCGGUUACUUGGAAUUUCUUGCACCCAUAGCAUCCUCUGAUAACUCUCUUUGUGAGCUGUCUUACCCGCGGCACCCAAUAUUGUUGACGAACAAAACUCAUCGUAAGCCCCACUCCCCCAUGAAGACUUAGCACAUGCUUAUCAUGGACAAUUCUCUCUGUUAACAAGGUAUCUGGCGGUAAGUAGAUAGGGUAACUUCCCUGGAUUCUCCCUCUACACACGCACAGACCCUCUUCAUUCUUCUGCAAAUUAAGUUUGAGCUGAUCUUCGUGGAACGUGGGUGUUUAACUUGCUGUUUUGAGCUCUUCCUACCCAGAAUUUCACUUGCUUGAGAGUCUCACAUGUGGUCAAUGGACCAGACAGCCGGUGCUUCUUGCCUCUCUUACAGUUUUAGAUAAAUCUUGCUACCCGUGACGUGAUACGUAUCGUCUGCCAGAAGCCAUGUUUCUCUAAAACCUGGUGUAGGUUGUCCUCCAUCUCUGUGGCCCCAGCAAACACUUCCUUUACCAGCUUGGCCUCUGCUUCUGUCUCUUUACUUGGCUUAGUUUGCACCACCACUGGCCACAUUUCUGGUUCAGUCAGCUAGUUUGGUCCCUUCAGCCAGAUUUCAAGACGCUCUCUAGACAGGGUGCCUCUGCUCCCCACGUCAGCUGGAUUUUGCUCUGUUCCCACAUACCUCCACUUUACAUAGUCCUUGGCAUUAAUAUGUGCAACUCUAUUGGACACAAAUUGUUUGUAGCUCCCUUGACCAGCGAUCCAAUGCAAGACUACUGUACUGUCUGUCCAUCCAUACACAGACCUCACUACGUAACCUUCCAAAGCACUUCUUACAUUGUCUCCAAGAUUGGCUGCCAUGUGAGCGGAAAUGAGCUCCAACCUUGUCAUGGUAAGCCCUUUCUUUGCUAACCGUGCCUUUGCUGCCAACAGACCCUGGUGAAUACCAGAUUCUUGAUACACGACUGUGUACACUGCUGCUGCUGACCGUUUUCCACUUGAAUCACAGAAUGCAUUCAGGUCUAGAGAUUAGACCGGUUCUUGAGCUAUAGUUAGACUGCGUGGGAAUUUCAGCUCACCAGGCCAGUUUCCCUUAAAUUUCUCCCAUUGUGCUUUCAGUUCCUUGGGUAAAACAGCAUCACAAGGGAGGUGUCGGUCACAUGCUUCUCUGAAAACCAUUUUCCCUACCAAGAUUACAAGACUUGCUACCCCAAGAGGGUCAUAUAUUGAAGCUAAACUCCUUAGCACAUCUCUCUUUGUGGCUGCAUGUGAAUCACCAGAAAAGGUCACAGCCAGAGUGUCCUCCACCUUAUCCCAAGGGAGCCCGAGUAGUUUUGCUUCAUUGGUUUUCACCCGCAACUGUUCCUUAGCAUAUGUCUGGCUAUCUUCUGUCAACUGAUGAUCUGCUUCCAGUUCUGGUACAUUAGAGUUCCACUAAUGCAAUUCGAAACCUGCCUGUUUAAAAACCCCUAUUGCAGUUCCUUUCAAAUCAUGCACUUGAUCAACUGUAUCUUCCCCAGUGAUGAUGUCAUCGACAUAAAGACUCCUCAUGAUUUCCUCAACAUGCUUUGGGUAUUCAGUUCUUAAACCUUCUAAAUGUUGUUUCAAGGUACCUGCAAGAAGAAAUGGCGACUGCACAAGUCCAAAUAAUGCCCGCGUGAACCUCAAAGUCUCAACUUGUGAUGAGUUUUUAUCCCUUAUCCAGUGAAAUUGAAGUGCGUCACGAUCUGCUCCUUGAAUCCUCACUUGCAAGAAGGCCUGCUUAAUGUCUCCACACAAGGCAACUGGUUUAAGCCGGUUUCGAACCAACACACUCCAGAGCAAAUUUUGUAGAGGUGGCCCAGUCCCUAAGCAAUCGUUCAAUGAAGGGCCACCUUGGUUUGCCUUAGCUGAUGCAUCAAAGAUGAUACGCAUUUUGGUACUCUGUGCUGUUUCUCUUAUCACUGCUUUGUGCGGCAGAUAACAGUCUCUUUCACCUUGAGUCUCAUCCCUCACUCUCUCCACAAUACCUUCUUUCAGUUGGUCUUAAAUUAUUUUGUCAUACUCAUCCAAGUGGCUGGGUACCUUCUGCAAUUUCUUCACAAGGUUAGAUAGUCGUACGAGAGACUACCCUUCUGAUUGUUAGGGAGGGAUGGGUGUCCAGCUUUCCAAAGUAGACCAGUCUCGUACCACCCCUCAGGGUGGCGUAGCAGUUGCUCUUGGAAUUCGCUAUACACCACCUGUUGAUCGCCAGCUGGUCUGUCCUCUAGUCCCAGUACAUCAAGGCUGCACAACUGCUCGUAGUCGGACGAAGAACUCCUAGUUAGGUACACACUGCUCAGGUUUGUGUCAGCUCCAGGGGACAUUAUGGUUCAGCCAAACAUUAUAAAUUCUGCUAUUGGUUCUCCUGGCUCUCCCACCCUUGGUGCUGAAUUUGUCUUAAUCUUAGCAUACUUGCUAGCCCCCAGGAUCACGUGUAUAGGCAGCUCGGGCUUGAUGUCGGUAUCACGCCCUUGAGGUGUUGGUACUUGGCAAUUGUAUCCCCAUAUCUCGGGUUCGGGAUAGUUAGCAAAGUUCCCUUGUCCACUUUGCUCAGGAUAGUGGGUAGGCUGAAAACUCCUUUAAUGUUAGAGACUUGGACUUUGUACAUUUCUAUCUUCUGACUAGUACUCGUCAUCAUCAUUUCAAUUGUCUUAUACUCUUUUCGAUCUGGUUUUCUGUUCAGUUUGCUAAUGAGUGCCGCUGAUGCAUAGGAGCUUCCGGCUCCCGUGUCCAAUAAAGCUCUACACCUAAUUCCAUCCACAUCUACCACAACUACCAGGUACACCACUUGACCUCCACCUGUUGCUAGCAUCAGCUGGUUUGAAGCUUAUCACAAAUUGAACGAUGGUGCUUCCCAUUACAUCUCGUGCAAGUAGUAGUGCAUCUACAUUCCGCUGCUCUAUGUCUAGCGCCAGUACAGUUAAAACACAACUUAUUGUCUGACAAGUACCUCCUUCUGUCAGCUACCACUUUGAUCUUGUCACAGUCAACUGAUUUAUGUUCCUUAGACUUACAGUAAACACAAACCCUAUGUUUUCCACUCUCUUGUUUAGCUUGAAGCAAUGGGUCUCUUCUCUUGUCACGUCUCCCAUGGUUGCCAUCCAGGGGAACUGGGUUCCUUUUACACCACUUCCUUAAGCCUUCUACUAAUUGCGGGAACCCACACUCCUGCCAGUUAUCAUUCAGCCUCACUAGAUCAGCUCUUAUGCCUGGUAGUUUAUCUAGGGUAAGUCUAACAUACCCUCUAAUAUCUUUCUCCUUACCCAUGGACUCUAAGGUUUGGAUAUUGGUAACCAGUUUCUCAUAGAACUCAUUAAUUUUUGUUGGGUUUGUCCCUGUGAUAAUUGGCAAUGCCAUUAUGCACUGGAUGUGAGCAUUAGGUACUUCACUUGGCUUUCUAUAUUUGGUCAUAAGAAUGUUCUUCGCUCAUGUGUAUCCCUCACUGUUAAAGGGCAACCCAUUGAUGACAGCUCUAACUUUUGGUACAAGUAGUUCUUUCAAGUAUGAGAAUUUAGUAACUUGACUAAUGUCAGAUUUGUCUAUUUCCACUUCAAACUGCCCCCAAAACCUCUGCCAAUCUAGAUGCGUCCCCUGGAAUUUCGUUAUCACAAGUUUGGGUAGUUUAACUUUUGGUUUACCUGCAUCACUCUCCUUCUCGACGGUUUUCGCUUCGAAUUUCUUCUUGAUCUCAAGUCUCACUUUCUCCUCCUUUUCCUGAGUUUCUCUUGCUUCUCGUUCCCUUAACGUUUGUUCCAGCUCUUCUAAAUUCUCUGACCUCUUCGUCACCUCAUCCAAUUUUAAGUUCUUGCACAAUCGCUUGUACUUCGUGGCAUUCUUCAACUUUGCUUUCCAUCAGCUUACGAUGUCUUUGAAUCGGUUUCAGCAAAUUGCUACCAGCAAUCUUGUGUGUGUUUUCGUUCGUCAGCUGUAGUACUUUCAAUUUGUUUUGGAUUGCUUUCUCCUGAUUUUCCACGGUUACCGCUGGUGUUGUCAUGACUGUGUCCUGGCAGGGUCGCCACUUUGUCGGAACUGUUUCUCUAGACAAUAAACUCACGCUCACGAUAAAGAACAUGCAGAACUGUUUUAAUACUUCUAACUCUCUCUCGGUAAACAUUACUAACUCUCCGCAUGUGCUUUUUUUGCUGAUACAUCACUUCUUGAAAACGACAUCCUAUAAUAUCCAUAAUCCUAGCUCCCAGGCCCCGACGACCUUAGGGUGCGCCUGACUAGUUUACAAAUUAAAAAAAACGCGAAUGAAACAUUCUUAACAUCCGAAUAUCAACCUACGAAUUCUCACAAGAAACACGAUCCAGCUGCUAAUGAUAUUUAGGUUUUUGGCUUCCUUGUCAUGAUAAUUGAAAAUUACAAAUUAUGUAAGGCCAGAAACCAGCAAAGCAAAAAAGGCAAGUUUUUUCUGUUGAAUCAAAAACUACUACUGUACAUGCAAAAAUUUAUGCAAUUCCAAGACUCGAAAACAAAUUGAAUUCCAGCUUUUCCUUUGGUCAGGCACCUCUCACGUUUGGCUUGCCCAGGUUAUUAGAAGUAUAAUUACCAUCCCAUUUCAGUAUUGCCAAUCCUUUCCAAACCUUUAGAACGACAUGUCGUUUGUAAUUUAUCAAAAGCACUUGUUAAAGUAUAAUCUUUUAUACAAAAAUUAGUCUGAUCGACCAAAUUAUUCUUGUGAAACUGCCCUAAUCAACACACAACGAAUCGUUGGCUAAAAGAGGUGGACAAUAGUAAGGUUAUUGGGGCCAUUUUGCUUGAUUUAAGCAAGGCAUUCGAUUUAGUCAAUCAUGAUGUAUUCUUUUGUCAGACUAAAUUAUCGAUGUACUUCACCAGUGAGCACACUAUGCAAUAGUUUAAAUCUUACUUGAGUGAUCGCUCGCAGACAUGUAUCAUAUUGGGAAAAACAUCAGUACCGCUUCCUCUUGUGCUGGGGAUUCCACUGGGAUCGAUUUUGGGCCCAUUAUUUUUUCCAUUUGCAUCAAUGAUUUGCCACUUUCUAUACAAAAUUCUGAAACUGAUAUGUAUGCAGAUGACACUACCAUCUGGUUAUUAGUGAUCAUGUGUGAAAUUACAUGUAUACAACAGUCAUUACAAGAAAUUCUUGACAAUGCAAAUUGUUGGUUCAGCCUUAACAGGAUGAAGCCCAAUGCCAAAAAAACAAAGCAAAUGUUAAUUGGAACUGCUAAAAAGCUUUGUUGUGUAGACAAGACAUGCAUGAGUUUAUUCUUGUAUCUCACUUGGAAUCUGUGUAUUGAUUAUGUUGUUAGCAAGGUGAAUUAACCGCAGAAUUGACCUGCUCAAGAGGUCAAAAAGUUUCCAAUCUUUGCACUGUAGAAAAUAUUGUUUAAUUCCCUUAUAGCUCAUAAAACCAAUUCUUGAAUGCCAAAAAAAAACAAAGCAAAUGUUAAUUGGAACUGUUCAAAAGCUUUGUUGUGUAGACAAGACAUGCAUGAGUUUAUUCUUGUAUCUCACUUGGAAUCUGUGUAUUGAUUAUGUUGUUAGCAAGGUGAAUUAACCGCAGAAUUGACCUGCUCAAGAGGUCAAAAAGUUUCCAAUCUUUGGACUGUAGAAAAUAUUGUUUAAUUCCCUUAUAGCUCAUAAAACCAAUUCUUGAAUACUGUUGUAUGGUAUGGAGCAACUUUUCCAAGGAACAGUUGGACAAAUUGUCACGAUUACAGAAAUGCUGUGCCAGAAUGAUACUAAAUGCUAAUUUUCAGGAUAAUUUAUUAAUGUUAUUUACUAAAUUAGGUUGGCUUCCAAUUUAUUGAUGAUAUCAUUCAUACAAGAAAACUCUCUUUUCUCCACAAAAUCUGUAAUGGCCGUGGUCCAGAAUAUCUUUCCUCCUAUGUUAACUAUGUCAAGAGUAUAGCCAUGAUUACAGCACAAGAACCUCAAAAAUGAUCAAGUGCAAGAAAAAUUCAGGCCUCAGAACUUUCCAUUCCAGUGCCACUUGUCUGUGGAACAAAACUGAACCAUCUCUUAGAGACGUACGCUUUCACAGAAGCACAUUUUAAUGUAUUAGAAAACUCUGUUACUGAACAUUUUAGUAUUAAGUAUAUUUAUUAAUCAUUUUAUUAAUAAUUAUUCUGCAAUCUUAGACAAAAGUCCUUGGGGCAGUACUGCAAUAUUCACAUUUUUCUGUCAUUUCUUGGUUCCCUCUUAAGACAGUGCAUUCUUUUCGAAAUUUUCUUGCAGUUCUUCCUCCCCCCAGCCUACACAAAGUUGAAAUUUGGAAAAAAUUCUGGAUACACGAGUUCAAUAUUGUUUGUGGGGUGAGGGGAGAGGUUGGACCUGUGAGAAUUGGAAAACGUCCCAGAAAUGCAAAAGUGUCCGGAGACGUUUGUCCAUGAUUGUAGUUUUAGACUUUUAUUUUAGACUAGCUUAGGGAGGGCUAUUGUGUAACUACUGAGUCAUCAGUAAUUGAUGUUACUCUCAUUAAAUAAAGUUUUAUUAUUAUUGUCACUUCUUGCAUUGCUCAUCUUAGUUUAUGUUUUUGCCCACACCCUUGCCCAUGGCCAUUGGGCAAGUAUUCUUGCUUUAAAAGUUACUUGCCAGCAAGAAAAUGUACUUGUCCCAGACUACUGGACGGGACAAAAUUCAAUUCAACAGUUUGAUGCUCUCAAUUAACCCAUCUCUGUUAACAUGUAUAGAUCUGCUGUACAUGCACAUGUAAUUCUGUGACUAAAAAAUCAAUGUAGUUGUAACAAAACGGUCUUCUUGUAGUACAGGGGAGUGUGUAUAAUAGGCUCAUUAGUGAAUUAAAAAUUGUUAUUGUUCUAUGUUCCUUACAGCUGAUGAAGUGCCAGGUUAUGCCAGACCGACAACAUCAUCUCAACAGCGAUACAGGAAAACACCUCCCUUAACAGACUACCUUGAUGAUACAGGUUUGUCUACAUCAACAUGGCCAUGGGCAUCACUUCCACCUACUCAGGGAAAAGAGAAAAGAGAUUUAGAUGUGUUAUCACCCACAAGUGUAAGUAUUAUUACAUCUAGAAAAUAUCUUAAUCGCGUACUACGUGCAGGUCAUAACCAAAAUAUGUGUAUAAUUUGCAGUAAACUUUGUGUGUAUUUUGAUGUUUAAAAAAUUGCCGCUACUGACAAAUUAGAUGAGACCAAUCAGAAAUGGAGAAAUAUUUUAUAUAAUAUUAUUAUUAAUAUAUAGUUCGUUUUAUCUGCAGACUAAAAGCAGACUAACAAAAUCAUCUGUUUGGAAAGAGUCCUUGAAGCCAGACCAGCGGCAGUUAGAACGAGAGGAUCUGAAGAGGUUACAGAACAAAGCAGAGUACAAAAGGAAUCCUCGGUUUGUACCCCCUUUAAAAUCAGGACUAACUAAAUCACAAAAGGAUAAAAAGAAAAGGAAAUCAGAAGCAGAAAAGGAAAACAAGUAAGUAUAUAUAUUCAAAAGUUAAGUACUUCUUGUGAAUAUAUAAUCUUUAUUUUUGUUUCUACAAAUGCUUUUAAAAAUUUUCCAAGUUAGUUAUGAAGUGGUCAUAACUUGACAUAAAUUAGGAUUCUUACUCCUGUCUGGUAAUUUCAGUGAUGAUAUUGGUUAUAAAGGAUGUUAUGAACAUCAGGAUGGUGGUGGUUUUUUUUCAACACUUAUUAAAUGUUAUCUUCUUUCAGUACCAGUGAGCCAGUUGAUAUUUUUAUUGCAUCACCAUCACCUGUUGUAUUUACAGUGUAUGAAGUUGGAAAGGCUUAUGAGGUAUAAUUUUAUACUUAUUUAUAAUAAACCAGGAGUAGUCAAUCAAUAAAAAUCGGUAGUAAUCGAGUGAUUUUUAUCAAUUGUAAGUGGAAAUCAGUGAAAAUUGAUAAAAAGUUGGAAAGGCUUAUGAGAUAUGUACUUAUUUGUAAUUAACCCCAGAAUGGUUAAUCAAUAAAAAUUGUCGGUAAUCAAGUGAUUUUUGUCAAAUGAAAAUGGAAAUCGGUGAAAAUCGGUAAAAAAAUCGAUUUGUCAUGAUUUUGACAAUAUUUAUAACAGAAGUCCACCAUUGUUGUUUUGUUGGCGUAAGUGAGAUACCGGUAGUACAACUGAGAGAAAAUACAUCCACGAGUAACAACUGAUCAACAAACAUGAAAAUCAGAAAUGUGGAAACAGUUACACAUACAAUGUUGUCUCUAAAAUCCUUCAUUUUGUACGUAAUAAAUAAAUAAAUAAAUAAUAAAGACCGUUUAUUAACCUCAUUGCAGUAAAAAAAACUGAAUUACAGGGUUGUAAUACAAUUCUAAAUUGUAUUCCAAAAAUAAUUGUUGUAUUCUAAAAAACUGUGAUCAAUCAUGUUGAAGCAUUUUGAAAAAUCUGCAAAGAAUAUUCUUGCACCACAGUCCCCCCUGUCCGUUGCCUCAUGAAUCUCUUGGAGAAGAUAAUUAAAGUGUCCAAUGUAGAGUGACCCUCCCUCACAUACUGGCACAGGUCUAGCUUGUCUGGUAUUUGAGACAAGUCUACUUCGAGCAAAGCCCUCCAUGACCUUGACGAGGUUGCAGGUUAGAGAAAUAGGUCUAAAGUCUGACUGGAUUUCCUUGGGAGGGGAGACCUUGGGUAAUGGGUUGAUAUGGAGCACUUUAUAAUAAAUCUGGGACAUAGCCUUCUUUUAGCAACCGGUUGUAAAUGCUCAUUAUGGAUGAUGGAAACUUGGGUGCAAAUUUUUUAAGGACCUUAUUGGGUAGCACAUCUGGUUUGAUAGCCCUACCGACAUUUAAGCUUGCCAAGGAGUCGUGGACAGCUUCCCUCUCACUAACAAGGAGACCAGGGGAACUUGCUGGAAAACUGGCUCAGGGACUUGGAGAGUAAUUAUUAAACAGUUCUGUUAAAUAAUUAUGACAUUCAGCUCCCAGAGCAAGCAUCACAAGAACUUUGGCAAAGAUUUACUAGCCUGAAUUUCAGACAUCCCCUCGCAUGAAAAUUCAGGUUAAAUGAUUUCCUUGCUUAGAUAGAUUUUCGCCAUUUUCCGUCAUCAAUCGAUAAAAAUCACUUAAUGAUUUUUAUUUAGCAGUUAAUGAAUGAGGCUGAGUAUAGGAUGUGAAGAAUUAAGCAGAUAAGGGAGGGUGUUGUCUACCGAGGCCGAAGCCUGAGGUGGAUAACACCCUCCGAGAUCUGCUUAAUUCAUCAUAUCCUAUGAAAGCUGAAUUCAUCAAUAACAAAAUAAUUCCUUAAAAUUUAAAAACAUAGCUGAAACAUGCUUACCUGCAUCAAUGUUAAGUUCAUCUUCAAUACUGUACAUUUAGGUUUGUCCAGCUCCGCAAAUAUUCUCCAAAUAGCAGAUGUUGCCCUCCGAGUUGUCUUCUUGCUGUUUUUGCCAUGUUUUUAGCUAUUAUUUCGCCUGGUUCCAGCUGUAGUUCUUACUCUGGAAACGAGUGAAAUGUCUGCCAUUUUUUUUUUCACAACCAAAACAACUCAACCUUGUUGCGAGGUCUUCUUGGUUAAUGGUGCCUUAACCUGUAGAGGGCUGCAUUUUUGACGUCAUUUCCUUGUUAAACUCGAAAUUCUUCCAAAUUUGGUCAUCAGUAACUAGUUAUGGUGAAUUAUGCGUGUGCUUUAAUUUAGCCAAUCAGAAUUGGGGAAAUAUUUUGAAUGAAUAAUAGUGAUUUUUAUUUUUAUCUAUUGACUACUUCGGGAUGUGACUACACUCGCAAUUACACCGACGAUAUUUUAAGAGGGUGGCAGAUCUAAUGCUGAAAAACUGGGCGCCUACAAACCUGGCCAAUAUCAGUCAACAGAAAAAAGAUUGUAAACCUGGUUUUAAAGAAAAGAUAAAAUUUUUUUUAAAUGACCUUUAUAAAAAGUGAUAAAUUGUUCUAUCCUUCAACAGUCAAUCACAACUCAAUUGUCAACAAAUUUACUUUUCGUAUGAAUUCAUGAUCAGUUUUCAUUUUUUGAUGAACAGAUGAACAGAUGUAUCUUCCGAUAUAAAUUGGUGAAAUCGGCAAAAAUCAAGAUAAAAACUGAUGAAGAAACGAAUAUGUCAUUGAUUUCUGCUGAUUGAUUGAUACAAUCGAUAUCAAUCAAAUCAGAUUUACCGAUUUUUAGUGAUUUAUCAAUUGACUACUCUGGGAUAUUAAACAUUUGUCAAAAAUACUGGAAUGCCUCAAAAUGCUUAUGUACCGGUAGAGUUACAACUUUAGUAUUACUCAAACUUACUCUUGGUCUAAUCAAGUGAACAAUCGGUUCUGUAAACAAGGAAAUCUUUUCCACACUGUAUAAUGCACCUAUCAAUGUAAACCCUGUAGGGGGGAGUGCAGGCAAGGGGUAGGGAUUUGAUAAAUUUUAAAAUUUUUUGAUCUAAUUCCCCAGGGUGGGAAACGAAAGGUCAAUCAAAAGUGUCAAAAAACCCCCACCCCAGGGGAAAAAUGUAAACAAACAAUACUAUAUAAUACUAUAUAAAACGAAUGAAAGAACAUUUCAAAAGUACGUUCUUACUACUUUUAUUUAAGGUUAAUGUAAGCUCCGUUAAAUUAUUCGCUGUAAUUAAGUAUUUUCUCUCUCCACUAGCAUCUCUUAUUUUGAACAACAUAAUCACUCCACGAAGAUUGACCGUGCUAUUAUAUUAAUGAAACGUAAAAUGCUUUAUAACAAUGUCAUUGGCUCAACUUGUCGGAACAGGUCGGAUCAGUGACCUGUAAAAAAUCCUCUGACUUUCAUGGUAGAAUUUGAUUUCAAUCGAGGUUUACAAUCAGAUGGGAACUUGAAGAUAAAAACUUUCUCAAAAUAGACAUUAUCUGUUUAGAUGACAGUGUAAAGUAUCAGAUUAUGGCCAUUAAAACAAAUAAAAACUUCAUAACUUUCUCCAACAGCGUGACUUUCAGAAAGCCUCGAGGACGGACUUGGUUACCGCUUCUGAAUUGAUACCAGGCUUCUAUCGGUCAAAGUCAAAUGUCCCGACCCCAGGGUCGCUUCGCACGAUCAAAGGCCCGACAGGGGGAUAGUCUCAGGCAUCAAAUCCCCGCCCCUUGCCCGCACUCCUCCCCCACAGGAUUUACAUUGAUUUGUGCAUAAGGCUCUUGUGAGACCAAUCCUCGAGUACGCUUCCCAUGUAUAGUGCCCUUACCUAGUUAAGAAUAAUGUUCUCUUAGAGAAAGUUUAGAGAAGAGCUUUUCGAUUGGCCUUAGGUCAGCGAAGGAGAGAGGUGUCAUAAGAAGAUCGCUACGAAAUGUUACAGUGGUCGCAGUUGACUGAUAGAAGGCUAUAUUUUUCUUUGAUUGAAUGCUAUAAACUUGUAUUCGGAUUGAAUAGCCUUUGUUUUUCCGAUUUUUCGGGGGUUCGCUUCAAAACGUACCAGGUCCAAUCACAACUACAAACUGCAAGUUAAAUCGGCUAACUGCAAUUGUUAUAAAUACUCUUUCUUUGUUAAAAUUACUCGUGAAUGGAAUGACCUGCCCGCCAAUGUUGCUGAGAUAGGAAAUUUAAGAUGUUUUAAAAUAGCUCUUAAAUCGUACAUGCGUAUUUCUUAGGUUUUUAUCCAUCUUAGAUCUUAGAUUUUAUUCAUAAUCAUAUAUUUUAAAUUUUUAUUUUUGGAAGUUUAUUUACAUAGGGUCAACCUCUUAAACUUCGUUUUUAGGGUAUUAUUUGUAUUGUUUAUUUCUUAUGAUACCUUAAAUAAAGUAUGUAUGUACGUAUGUAUGUAUGUAUGUACUCUUAUUAUGCAAGUUAAUUGUUGCUUUAACUCAAUUACCCUGUCAGAGUUAAGCAUGCAAGGCUAAAAUAGGUUAAUCUUGUAAUGCACUAGCUGAAACCUGUAUCUUAAUUAAAUGUUCACGCUCUCAAGUCAAGUUCACAGUUACAACACCCGAUCCUCUUCAGCUGGUAAUUUUUAUAGGAAAUACUCUACACUGAAUCAUCACAAAAACUCUUUGAUAGCAUCAGGGCUAAAAUUUGGAAUAGUAUCCCCGAGAAUUUGAGAAAACUUCCAAAGCAUGCUUUUAAGAAACAAAUACACAAUCUAUUACUACUCGAUCUUCAAACACAGGGUAGUUAUGCUGAUAUAUAGACAUCCUUAUUUAAUUAACAAAAUUUAAAUAGGAUAAUCUUAAUCCAAUGUAUUGUAACCUUUAUUUUUCUACUUAUCGACAUAUUUAUUCAUUAUUGUAUUAUUAUCGUUUUUAACAUCUUUUUUCCUUGAUGUUGUAAAUCUUUUUAAUUUUCCUUGUUAAAUAAAUGUCUUUAAGUAUGUAGAGUACCCACAAUUGGGUACUCUACAUACUUUUUGAACACUGCCUGCCUCAAAUAGCUUUAGGGUCUUCUAACACCAUUAAAGGCUUGGUUGUAUAUCUAGAAUUUUGAGGUCAGUGUGACCUAAUAUUGUCACUGCUGUUAAUGGAGUUACAAUAUGUAUACUCUGUAAUCUUUGACACCUGUCAGGCCUGUAACUUGACUAGUAAUCAGACUAAAUUGUUUGUCAAGUUUAGUAUACUGCAAGACAAUCCAUAAAUAAAAAUGUGUUGACAUAUUAGUUUGUUAGUUUGAUUUAAAAAAAACGUUUUGAGGUUUCAUGUUAUUCUUUAUAUGUGUUCUAUUUCAGUUACUUUUAGACCUAAAAAAUGUUUCUUCAUCAAGUCGCCAACUAAGAAUUGUUCCUCCAACAUCAAAAUACUUCUCUGUUGGGCUAGGUAGGCGACAUUGUAUCAUUACAUUAAAUUUUAAUGACAUUUAUUUUUCUUGCAUAGUAUCUUCCAGAUUUCCAGUUGAAUGCCCCCUCCCUCCCUCCAGCAGCUUUCCGUGUACUUGCUUAAGACUUACUGGUAAUCCACUGAAAAAACGGCCCUAGCAUUCUUAAAUCUGACAAUUGCACUCUGCAAGGUUGAUUUUGUUAUUAAUUUAUUUAUUCAUUCAUUUAAAAGGUGGUUAUUUUUAUCAUUUUGUAUGAAUUCAGGAAGAUUUCCGGGGGAGCAUGGCAUAGUUGCACCAGGUCUUAACUGUCAGUACCCCAUCAGAUUUGCUCCAGACUCAUUGGCAGACUAUGAUGAUUUUCUUAAGGUACAAUCCACUAGUAUCUUAAUUCAGGGAGAGAUAGUGCUGUAUAUGCAUAGAUUGAUUUUAGUUCCUUCACAUUAAAAGUAGGAGUAAAACUUCUGUCUCACAACAUUUGAAUACAAAUAGUCAAGUUAGGAACUGACUAUUUUUUAUUACCUGUACAUUCAUGCUUUUCAGUUGGCUUUUAUCUAGUGUGUGUGUACUAGCCUGCAUGCAGAAGUGUUCUAUUUCCUUUGCCUGACACAGAGUUUCAACUGUACAGAUUUUAUAAAGUUACCUGUGUGAUAUUAAUAUUCUGUAUGGAAAACAAUGCUUUCUGUAACUUCAUUUUAUCCAUAACUAUUUUGCAUUAAAUUUGAGGUUACUGUUAUAGGUAAAAACCCAAGUGGAUCCUCCAAUGUUGAUUUCAAUUCGGGCAAGAAGGCCCCCUCCUGUGUUAUCUUGUAAGUAAAAAAGGCAUCCUAUUGAUAUUUUUAGGAGAGAAAGAAAUGAGGUACAAUGUAUCAGUUAGUAAUGUUAUAUCAGUAACUUGGGAGAAGCCAGAACUUAAGAAUGCAUCAUUAUCACUUAAUCUUAAAAUGAUAGUCAAGGAUUAGUUUGAACACUGACUACAAAAAGGUUAGAAAAAAAAAUCGUCAAGUUGAGAUCUCUAGAGGUGAUCUUGUCCAAGCAGUCCUAGCAGAAGCCAUAAUAUCAAGUUAGUCAGAAUAACAUUACAUGACUAAGCACCAUAUCUAUGAUGUCUGCAAGUCCUUGUUUGUUAAUGAUCGUAAAAUUUGUAUCCUAACAAUGUCUCUGAUCAGAGAUGAGUGUGACUCUUUACACUUUGUCUAUCAUAGUUUUGUAUGACGGACGAAUGAAGAGGUCUGCAGUCCUUUUUGGUUUUGUGUUGAUGAAAAUAAGAAACAGAAAAAGGAGAUAUUUUCAGAAAUGUAAACAUUAUUUGUGGUACUUGCCAUUAUUAAAAGGUUUAAGUGAAGGAAUCAGGCCGCUUUUAGUGUUCUGAAUGCUAUGUUACAAUAGUGCUUUAGUUUUUCCUAGGUGUCAAGAAUAUCUUCAGUGUAUGGAGAAAUUGAGGCUGAAAUAGUGGAAAUUUAACUUAACAGACUAACACUCCGCUUAAUUUAAUGGCACAGAAAUUUAUAUUAUUAAACGAAAACUAACAUAAAAAUAAUUUUGGGAAGCAGUGUAAGGCAGUGUUUCUUUUUCCUUUUUCUAGUGUCUCCUGUGCUUGAUUGUGGUCAUACAUUGGUGGGAGGCAAAAAAGUCGUUCAUCUGACUUGUGAAAACAGAGGAGGGGAUGGAAAAUUUUGUACUAUGAGAAAGUCUUGUUGGCCAACUACAACUUUCCAGGUAUAUUAGGUGGUUCUGAUUAAAAACUCCUUUGGAUUGCAUUAAACUGAAAACAAUUACUAGUUGCAUUGCUACUUUAAGGUGAUGUUACAAGGGACGAUUAGCAACGACGAUUUUUAGCGCGACACAACGUUGCAACAUUGUUGCAACAUUGUUUCAAUUAGCUGUAACAUUGUUCCAACAUUGCAACGCUGUGUUCUGCUAAAAAUCGUCGUUGCAAAUCGUCCCGUGUAACAUCACCUUUAGAUUGAGAAGUUAUAACUAAAUCAAUACAGUCAACUUUCUCUUAACGGACACCUUUAUUAGAUAGACACCUCGCUAAAACGGACACCCACAGUAAUUUAGUCCCUGCCUUUCUUUACUCCUUUUAGUUGACUCUAUAUAUAAUAAGACAGGCACCUCUUCUCUAAGAGUAAAGACGGACACAUAGUGAUAGUCCCAAAGGUGUCCGUCUUAGAGAGAGUUGACUGUCUUACUAAGAAGAAGACCAUAGUUUAGAAACGUAUAUAUUUCACAAACCUGCCUGGGGAUAAGAGCAGGUUGUGGGUUAUUAGUCAUAGUUCAGUUUUCUUUCUAGAGGAAUCUUGAGAAUCCUGGAUCGAUUGUUGCUGAACCGUUUGAACUUAAACCUGCGAUCUUUAAGCUGAAUGCUGGAGAUGUCGCUACACUAGAGGUGGGUCUCUAUGCCAGAGUUCAUUAUUUUGUCUACAGAAAGUGACUGACUUGCUAUGGAGAGGAGGUUAAUUGGCAUGUGAGAGAUCAGGUAUAUUUCAAAUGUGCAGUAGAUUGUCUGUAAAUGUACUAACUGUAAUAUACUAAGUAACAGUUAUUACCGGCUAAUAAUCCUCUUUUUGAGGGAUUGCUGUAGCGGUAAAUAAAUUAAUAAAUAAAUAGUGUCGGUAAGCACGUUAUACAGGUUUGUAGACUUCGUGGGUCAAUGGCUCAGUUCUCCUUCUAGCCCAAUGAGUCAGUCAUGCCUAAAUAGACCUUAGUGCAUGAUGAUGAUUCAGUAAAGGAGUACGUGUUGUUGCCUUCAGAUCACAUUUUGUCCCACAUCAGCCAAGUUCUUCCAAGAGGAAAUAGUGUUUAUUUGUGAUAACUGUCAUGUUAAGGAGUUUUCUCUUGAAGGUUAGUACAUUAUUUGUAUCACUUGUCAUCAAUUUAUUAUAACUCAUUGUCACCAUCAACAGUUUUGCCUGCUACCCUCUUGAAAGUUCUUGAGAGACUAACGCUAUGCACAUACUAUACCUGAUAGCAGCCAUCCGGUAUAGUGUGCAUGAAUAUGUCACUCCGGUUCCACUUUAGAGAUCAGCGCGGCGCAGCUUCGCUCCGUUGCAGAAAUCGCCAUUCUUAUGUGUGAACAGAGCCCCUUACUGGUGUGGUUUUACGCUGGUUUCCGUGCCGACGCAAAAGCUAUCAGAUAUAGUAUGAACAUCCUAAUACAUAAUAGAAUUGGCCCUAAUUUCGAGAAGAUUUACCAUGAACACGUGUUUUCUUAUGAAAACCAUCACAGUUGUGAAGGUGCCUUUUGUAAGUUUGGCUGAACAGUGGAAGCACUCGAUUGACAAAAUUAAUGUUCGACAAUGAUUAGUGUCUAAUUUGGACUUGACAAAAGUAUCUGACAGUCUGCCGCACCAGCGAUUAAUUUUGAAAUGGAAGGAACAAGGAGCAAAUGUUGGGACAAUUGAUUUACUUGAUGAGGGAUUUUAUCAUGAAUUGUCGGAUCUGAAUGCGUGGCAUAAUAACAAGAGCGUCAAACAUUGAACUCGUUAACUCUUUCACUUCCGGUGAUGAGUUGACGGGAAGUGAGUAGGCACUGUGCCUCUAUUUGGAAUUAUGAGUCUUGGGGCGAACUUAACGAUAGCAACCAGUGCCUCCAUUUCGUACUUUUGUCAUCUGAGAGUUUUAUGGUUGUUCUGCAGGCACAGGUCAGAUGGCAGGCGUUGAGCUUGAGUCUGUAUCAGGUGGUCUAAGCCAAUCAGAGAUCGGAGAGAUGCGAGAUCUUUCAGCGCAGCACCUUAUACGAUUCCACGAUCAAAAUCCUGGAACAACUACAAGCAAAGCUUUGGUCAUUAAAAAUACAACGUGAGUAUAUCUUCUUAUUUCGUUGAUGUGUUUUCAAGUUGGACUAAAAAGGCUGCUGUUAGAAAUGUUUUUUGACUGUUCUUUUCUGCGAUCCACUAGUUAAACCGAUUUUAUUUAUUACUAAUGCACCUUAUAGGUAAAAGAGUGCUGCCCUGGUGUCAAUUUGUAUGGCCAAAUUAGGUUUGCGUUAAUCUCCCGUUCGGCUAGCGCGCGUGCAAUUAGAAUACAUCCUGUGAAGCGUUUGUGGCGUUAUUUGUUGGCCAAAUCGUCAGGGCCCAGUUGUUCAAAAAGGUGGAUAAUGCUAUUUACCGGAUAAAUCACUAUCCAGCGGAUAAUGCAAUCGGUUUUCGUAAUACUUGUCCACUGGAUUGUGAUUUAUCCGGUGGAUAGUGCAGGCUAUCCAACUUUUGAACAACCGGGGCCAGAAGUUUUACUCUGGUUUAUUUGAACAUUACCUUCUACAAUUAUUGUGAAAUGAUAGUGUAAUAAAACCACGGGUGUAGAAGAUAAUCAAAAGACUUUAUGAAAAACACGAUAAAACCGUGAAAGGUUUGAACGCAGGAGUCAUUUCAUCAGUAGAUAAUGCGAUAUUAUUGGUCGCCUGUCAGUUAAGCAGUGAUGCUACUGGCUAUAAAGACUCGUAAUGUCAUUGGUGCGUUUCGAUCCGUCUAUUGUCACAGUUAAACAGUCGUUUAUUGUGAUUUAAAUUGUCAGCUGUCCAGUCGUUCUCUAGUAGUUAGUUUUGCUUGAUUCCGUCAAUAAGUCAUUCUUAUUAGUAAACCAAUAAGUUCAAUAACUUAGAACAAACGCCACUGAAUCAUGAUCAACAGUUACCGGCACAGUACAAACGACUUAUUGCGAUACUCAUUACAAUAGACGGAUCGAAACGCACCAAUUAUAUUACGAGUCUUCAUAGCCAAUAACUUCACGACGACCAAUAACAUCGCUACUUAAUUGACCAAUCAGGUCAAUAACCAGAGUUUCAUACCUACGGUAGCAACAGACAUGAACAUGAAGGUAGUCACCGGCGGUGUGAAGCAAUCUUCGCUCCUAUAUGCUAUGAAAGAGAAAUUUAUCACAUACACAUUAAAAGCAAGGAUUUCAACUAACCUCAAUGAACUUCAUGCAACAAAACGUAGCGGAGGUCGGUAUAUAAAAGCAAUGGGUGUGCAGGGCAUUGUGGUAAAAAUCCGGUGCAUUGUGGUUAAAUAUCAAGAUGCAUCGUGGGUAAAAAUUGAAUAUUUUUUAUCAUUUUUGCCCCUGUACAGAUUAAGACUGCUACCUUGCUCGCUUGCUUCAGGCUAGCUCGCGUGGCCAUUUUUUUGGGAAAAAGGAUGUAAGCGAAAUUGAUUUUUUUUUUUCAGUAACGUUGCACUUCCUUUUCGCUGGAAGCUUUUCAAGCCAUACUUUAGGUGCCCUGUACUGCCUGGGUUUCCUGUUCAGUCACUGAUGGCAUCAUCGCAAGUUCUACGGACACGAGAGGAUAAUGGGGUGUUUUAUGUCACUCCUAAUAUGGGUACACUGCCGCCUCACCAGUCAGUGGAGUUCAUCCUUGAGUUUGCACCCAGAGAGGUAAGCUGCUCUUGGCGUAAAAAGGCUUAUUUUGCGUCACGUUUCAAGGUUUAAUGAAGUGUAAAGCUUGAAGGGAAGCAUUCUCAGAAAUAUAGCUUUCGCCUGAGCUUCAGUUUUUCUGAAAUUAAAGUUUCGUCUGGUUAAACAAUGGCACUUGUACAGGAUAUUAUGAUCUUAUCAUAGCAGACUGUUUUUGCUGGUUACAGGUUGGUAGUUUCCACACUGUUGGGCAUCUCAUUCUAGAAGAAAUCCCACUGCAUGAUACAGCUGACAGCUCCAGCCAUGAUGUUCGAGAUGUAACUGCAGUGGAAAUUGAAAUAAAAGCCGUUAGCAAGGUAAAACGCGACUGCAAUGUGUUGUAACAAGUGCAGGGAGGCGGCAAGGGAAACAUAUUCUUACUAAGAAGGUGACAGGUAGCGGUAGUCACUGAAGGAAUUCCACGUGAUGUUAUCGGCACAAAGUGCGGGAAAAUGUCAGCUGUUUGCCUUUUCCCCAUUUGCUACCUCCCACCGCUUGGGCUCGUUGCUCGCUCCCAUUACCCUCCCCCUCCCCCUCACACAGACACUCGCGCACCACUCCUGAAUCCAGCGCCUCGCCCUGCUCACGAAAAGCCUGGAUAGAGACAGCUAUUGUCAACUGAUGUCAUUUUGACUUUUCAUCAAAUUGCUUCGGUUUUAGUCUUGAGCUAAUUCUAAUUUUAAAGGUUUUUUGUAUUAGGGCAACCACUGGUAGCCUUAGACAGUAAAUCAAUAAUUAUUAUUAUUACAAUUUUGCUCUAACCACAUUAUCUGACGUUUUAAUUUUGGCGGUUUUGUUUUCAGCCAUUUGAUGUACGUGUCUCCCCUCCACUGGUUGUAUGUCCAGGAUCCUUGAAAAUAGGAACUCAUUACAGAUUUCCUUUGAAGGUCAGCAUUGAAUCGCUCCAAAACACAGACUUUAAUACAUGUGCUGUGCUUUGAUCUGCUGUAGAAGUGAGGUGCUGGUGCAGUAAGCUUAAAAGAUGAUAUAAGAUGUUCCAUCGAAGAACUUUCUCGGCUCUAAAAAUGCGUAUUUUCCACACUGAGUAGAACCUUUUAAAGUCUCUAUUAAAAAUCGUGCGUUAGAUUUGCUGUGUAAUUACAAUAUUCUCAUGAAACCAGUGAAUGAAUUUUCGAGGACCAGGUUAACUUCCCUUUGAAACCUGGUUUAUUUGUUUCAGAUGUGUAACAAUAGCGUCUCAGAGGCACGUGUUUCGUGGCGAAACAUUUGCGAGCCUUUACGGAAAAUACUAGUCGAACCUCAAUCAUCUGUUCUCGGUAAGGAUUAGAAUAGUCAUUUAGUGAGCGGCCCUCUGUGUGAGAGGCUGCGAGGUUGAUCCCUAGGUUUGUGACCUCAAAUCCUUCUUUCGACUUUUUCCUUUCCGUGUAUAGCUUUAAGGUAACUCGACCCAGUUUUUUUGGGGGGGUACCAUCCUACUUUGAAGCUCUCUGGUAUCCCCACCUUUACUUUUAUCGUAAGUCUAACACAUAGAAUGGAUAACAUAUAGAUCAAUCUACAAUAUAACAUAAAAUUUUUGGCGAUCAGAGUAAAUGUCACGUGGUUAUAAUGCCACGCCCCUUUGAGGUCUGAGUCGAAAAUCGGCUGUUGCCGGCGUUUUUUCCUCAAAAUCUCUCGGCUACACAUAGUGCGCAUUAGUGCCUUGCGCUGAACAGAGUUUCACCAAAAUCGCAAAGACCCAAUUCGAGAAAUUCAGCGGUUUCCAAAUUUAGGUCAUAAUUUGUGCGAAAAUGAUAAGCAAACUUUACACGCUUAUAUCUAAUAAACUAUGAGACUUAUCCCUUUAUUUUGGGGAUCGUUAUAACAGAUGGGUCCUUGCAAGUCAGCAAAAAGCUUUAGGGCCUUGUAAAUGCGCGCGAUUUGGAGCAAAGCGAACAUAUAGAAAUGAUAGUUUUCGCUAUUUGUUGACGUUUGUCAGCGUUUAAGAGCGAAUGCACAGAAAAAUCGAGCAAACCGUGGCCACAGCUCAAAACCUAACCUACCCUCAUUUUAAGUCUGUAAUAAGGUUUUAAUGAAUUUAUAACACUGCUGAGGUUUAAUUUUCAAAAUGCGGCCGAGUUUGGGAAUUAUUUGAGAUUUUCGAUUUCAACGGUCUGCGGGCCUAAAAUUAGCCGCCGAACAAGGCAAUAUAGCCUAGCGACAGAAAUGAGCUGAAUUUCAUAAACGAGCGAAUAUAUUGCCAAUCUUCCACUUAACUCUCAAAAAGCAGAUAUCUAACAAUUUCUGAAUGGCUUAUUUUUUUUAGAUUUAGAGUAUAAAAUAUCGACGAACCAGCAGAAUUUUGAAACGUAAUUCGCAUAAUGCUUAUAAAUACAACAAUUUACCGCUAAAACCAAAAUCGAAUUUUCUAUAUGGGGGAAUUCUCCAAAUCACCCCAAAUCCCGCUUACUUCCUAAUGAAAUAUAGUACUUCAACAUUAUCUGAAAGUUAGUCUGGUGUUCUUGCGAACGCUUGUGAAAUAGAUUGAUUAUUUUGAAGUUAUUUUGCCCCAAACAACUGCUAAUUGACCCCAGGGUCAAUUGACACGUGCACGUCACCUUAGUUUUAUGCAUCGAUUUGAGCUCGUUAAAAGGGAGAAACUAACAAGAUUCUUUUAAUAUGUACCUGUUUUAAUGAAAUACACGCAAUCUUCAAAAGGAGAGGCCGUUCAAUGGGUAAUUUCUGUUUUUGAGAUCUUUUAGAUUGUACCAUGGCGUCUGCGAGUGGACCUGAGUCUAGGUCUGUUUUCCCGUGACUGCGAAAUCAGAAUAACAUCAUGAAAUAAUUCUCUCUCGAACCUUCGUAAAUGAAUCAGCUUUGCAGUGCCUUACCUGUGAUAAAAAGUGGGCAGAAUAGGAAAACAGUCUAGCGCAAUUUGGAUCCUUUGCAGCACGUAGUGUAUUUGCUAAGCGGCUUUAAAAGUCAGGUGAGUAACUAAUUAAAAUUAGUAUAUACACACUCAGUGAUCUUGGUGAUUUAAGCAAUCUGAUUGGUUCGCUAUCUCGGACUAUUCAACAAUAUUCACCUCCUAGCGAGUGGAUAAUGUGUGAGCUCGGUGUUUUUCCCGUUUUUUUUAGAGAACGAUCUUUUAAAAGUCGACAAAAUCCUAGGGCUGACUUUUUUUAAGGCAAGAAAAGACUUGGAAGGAUUCAAUACGGCGUUUUUCAAUUUACUGUAGCAGGAGUUUUGUGCUCGAUGGAUUGUUUACAACUCCCGUGUAUUCGCGUAGAAGAAGGGCGUCUGGAAAAACCGGAAACCGGAAUCCGGAAUAGGAACGGGAAUGGGAACAGGAACCGGAACCGGAACCGGAAACAGCAACGGAACAGAAACAGCAAUGUGAAGGGGAACCGGUACAAGAACAGGGAUAUCAUUUACUUUAAAUUAUUUUAAUUCGAAUUCAAUUUAUACAAAAAAUAAGAACACUACUCUGGUAUCAUGCUCCCCCCCGAAUCUCUUUAUAAUACGGCAGCGAGGAGGUAGAAAAAGCCGCAAGUUAAAUAAGUAAAGCAACAGCUUUGCGAGUGCAUCGUAUCGCGCUUUCUGUCAAAUUCUUCACCGCGUAUGCACAACUAUGAUGUAAAUGAUCAAAUCUUAAGUUCUCUUAAGAACGUGAACGGCAGGUAAUAAAUUUUAUUGUGUCUUUCUGAGCUCGGACGCGGUCUCCAGCUUCAUUUCCCAACCUUUAAAAGACUGGGCAAUUUGGAAUUAAUGAGAAAUAGUUUGAAUUAAGACCCGAAUUCAAUUUCUCAGUGGCGUUUUCGCUGGCGUUGCCGUCGUCAGAUCUUAAGGUUCCUUUUGUCUCUCACAGGAAGGUGGUUAUCACAUGUUAAUAUUAUUUGUCAGACCAUGUGUAUACGAGACACCCAUCGGAGACGUUUAUUGGGCUGCCAUACACCUCAGGUUUGCUCCAUAGAUAUAUUGUACGGUGCUAAAUUGGGAAGUUAACCAGAGAUAGAUAGUCCACAGCUUAAAAAGGGUAUUAACAUGUACUUCCUCCCCUCCCCCAAAAACCCAUCUCAGCGGCCAGUACUUCAUCUACCUCAACCGCGUGCAAUAGGGACCUUAAUAAGCAAGCAGAACGUUGACGUCCAGGACAUUAAAAAUGGAAACUGGAAGUGGAUGUUUUCUGUCUUUAGGUGCUCUGACUCAACAAAUUCGCACAGUGGAAGGUAAGAGGAAGAAUUCAGAUUCGUUGUGUGAGACAGAAGCGUUCCAUCAAGCGACGGUCAGCGUUCUCGUUGCUUAAGUUCGCUAUUAUGUUUGACACGAAAACACAAUGUGUCAUAGGCUAAAGAUAAAGAAAGGUUAAUUAGAUUAACAUUUCAAGGGUGUUUUCUUGUUUCUUUAAUUAUUUAUCUGGCUUUUUAUUUAUAUCACGAUUAUAUCUUUUUCUUUUCAUAUUCUAUACACUGUUUAUAUUUCCGUUCCUAUUCCGGUUCCUAUUCUAUUUUUCCCUUAUUUUUCGUAUAUAAUCUGAACAGGAAUAAAAUCCAGAUUAGCUUAAAUUAAGGUAAAUGUUGUCCCUGUUUUUAUAUAGGUUUCUUUUCCCAUUCCGGUUCCUAUUCCGGUUCCGGUUCCUGUUCCUGUUCCUAUUCCCGUUCCUAUUCCGGAUUCCCGAUUCCCGCUUUUCCAGACGCCCGUAGAAGAAGCCGUUUCGUGAACUCAGCGUUUUCUAAGAAGAAAAUUUUGGCUCAAAGAUCGAAGUUUAUUUAUGACAAACAAAUUUAAAAGGAAAUGUUUGCAGAAAUUCUACAUUUCAAGUAAACAGGAAAAAGAAUGAUACAGGAAGACGACCUCUUACCUCGAGCAACCGAGCCGCCAUUUUUGUCAGCACUUCAUGCGAAGAACGACACAACAUGCCCUUUUGGCUAUAAACUUGGCGAGUCAACAGAAAACAACACAGCUCUACUUUUUUUCUCAGGUAAGGAAACAGUUCAAACUUUUAGCGAUUCCAUUGAAGCCAUUACGCUGUUGUUUGCGAAAUGAGUAAACUUGUGAAUUGCCAUGUUUGAAAAUUCUGCAAAGAUCUAUUUUUAAACUUACGCGUGAUUUGAUCUGUCAAUCAAAUCCUACUUUUGAAUGGUUUCCUUUCUGAUUUUGUUGAGAUCACUUCGUGUGUAUAUACUAAAACAAUUAUUCUUCUCAAUCUCGGUGAAUAGUGGCUUUGGGAAUAUUUACCUCGCCGCUUUCGCGGCUCGGUAAAUAUUUUGCCACUAUUCACCUCGAUUUCAAAGAAUAAUUGUUAAUUAGUUACUCACCUCCGAUUGCGUGACCAGGCAAUUAUAGAUUGUCUCCAGCGAAAAAUAAGUGCAUGUGUAACCAAAGCUUUCGGGAUACAGUAAAUUCAUUUUCCUGUAUGACCAAGUGUCCUUUUGUCCUAUUUUAAAAGCGGUUAACUAAGAUGAUUAGCAAACAUACUGUCCCACUUUUAAAAAUGGUACAGUAACUGAAUGUUCUGUUCUUCUGAUUUUACCCCUAACCCCGGAGUGUUCAGAAGAUAUAUUUGCACUACGCAUGAAAGGCAAAUGGAUUAAAUUUUAAGGUUCACGGCGGUUUUAAGGCAUGGGUUACCAGUGGAUUAGUCAGACUUGUCAUAAGGUGCAUUGAACAGAAAAUUACAGACAUGAUAUCUCUGCUAUUGUAUGUCCAUUAAGUGAUUUUCCAUCAAACAUUAUUUUUUUACUUUUUUACCCCAAAAGUUUUUUUCGUUCAAUUCUUAUCUAUGAGAUGUAAACUUAGUUAAAUUUCUGUAAUUCGUUGUUAAAUGCAAAUCUGCAAACAACUAAGUAUUUAAUUUUGCGUAAAAGCCACAUGAAAUUGUACUGUUUAGCCGUAAAUCAUUAAAAAGAGAAAGCAUCAUGCUUUCUCUUUUCAAGUCUAGUAGGACUUAAGCAAUGGCAUUGCUUAAGUCCUAGUAGUUCUUCUCCAUGUCUGCUAAGGGGGAAAUAGUUUGCUCUUUUCAAGAAAUUGUUCUUGCCCAUUGCGGUUUCAAACCAAGGAUAGCAGCAAGUCUGUCGUGGUCAUAUACUGCUACUUCAGUGCAAACGAAGCAUAGGCGCACAAGUCAGCGCUUGCGUUUAGUCAGGUGCCGAAAAUGAAGUGGAAACUUAACCCUAAGGGCGUCCAUGUUCGCUCCGGCUCGAAAAGGUAGAAUCAGUUGUGCAGUAAAAAGUAAUGCGAAAAACCUGCGGGGGCUGGGGAAAGAAAGGCGUCUUAUUUUUCUUUGGCUUGUUCUAUUUUCGCGACGUGCUACAGGUUACGAAAUACUGACAAGCUCAAUAUAUGUCUUCACCACCGAGAGUCACUUGCCCUUAGCACGCCCCUCACGUAUCAUGUUUCGUUCCUAAAGUUAUUUCAAAGCACAGAACCAAACCUAAUCAGCGGCCGAAGGCAGAAAAGGGAAUGAGCAAACGGAUGUCACAGCAUAUUUUGCAAGAAACCGGUAUCCUUGUGCCUAUCGGCUCAGGAACGAUUGAUUACUACUAGAAUAAAUACCAGGGUCAGAAUUUGAGUGCUACAAUGGGAGGGAAGGAAGAAAAGAAAACCGCCGCGCGCACCUGUUAAGUCUUUUAUAAACUUUCUCGACCUGACGGUCUCAAAGAAGGGCGUUGUGGCUGCUAUUUAAUUUACAGUGUCUGCUGCAGGAGUCGAAUUAAUCCUACAGCAACUGGAAACGUGGCCACGCCUGCUGAAACUGAGAUUGCUUGUAGGAUAUUCGGCUAUAGCUUGGUAUAUUCACGAGCGCGUUUUGUCCAGUGAACUGAGCGCGUAGUUUUUCUUAACGAAGGGAUGGGGUGGGUCAAGUGAAUAUUUCGGGGAACGUUUGCUCUCUUUAGUGGGGGUAUAUUUGUUGAUAUCAGGAGUUCUGGCCUGGAUAGAGUCGUUGUAAAGCUAUUUUUGCUUCGGGGUAUCGGUUUCCCGGAAGCUGAGCAAGGAAAAUUCAAUGGUGCAUUUAUGGAAUAAUAAUAGAGAUUCUCAUGGUUUAACAGUGCGAAGAUUAGACUUCUGGUAAGGUGGCAACGAUCAAGGCCCGCAUUAUAAUUCAUGAUAAUUGAAGGUCAUGAUGUGGAAAAAGCGACUGAAAUGGUGGAUGCCAUGCAAUCCUCUCGGGUGCAGGCGGGGCACCUGGUCUUAACGGUUGCCCCUUCGACAGAAGGCAAGCAUGCCCAGAUUGUCCACGGGUUGCUAAAUGAGACCGUCCCUUUCUUAGUACCCGUUCCCUGUCUUUUUAUUAGACCCGGGCAAAUUUCUCGAAAUUGCACCAUCAUUUUGGGCUUUUAAGCUUCCAAAGUCCAACAAUAAUAGCGCAUGUUCGCGACGGUUUUUUAAGUCAGUCAAGUUCUUAAACCAGACCUUAAACGGCCAGUUUUAAGUGUCGAUAACAGUUAAAAAGGCAUACAAGCCCCAUGCAAAAGACAGUGGGAAGGAAGUACACAUCGGUGAUGGGGAAAAAGGACUAGCCCACAGUUAUUUAGGGGUGGAUCUUUCGAAACAUUCUUAUACUCUUGGACAGAUAUGCAUUGUUUAAAGUUUUAGACAAACCAGGUGUAAAUUUAUAGUAACAAACUGUUAAAUAUACAUCAGCAAGAUUUUUUGCGAAUCCUAUUUUUCGCUGGAGACUAUCGUUUACUGGCUGGUCACGCAAUCAAAGGCAACGUACUUUCCCACGUUUGUUUACUGACCUUUCGCUCGGCAAUACACUGCGUUCGACAAAGGAUCCAAAUUGCGCUGGAAAUGUUUUGCCAUUCGGCCCACUUUUUAUCUCAGGUAAGGCAUUGCAAAGCUGAUUCACUUACGAAGAUACGAGGGAGAAUUAUUUCUUGAUGUUAUUCUGAUUUCGCAGUCACGGGAAAACAGACCUAGACUCAGGUCCACUCGCAGACGCCAUGCUGCAAUCUUCAAGAUCUCAAGAACAGAAAUUACCCAUUGAACGGCCUCUCCUUUGAGGAUUGCGUGUAUUUCAUUAAAACAAGUACAUAUUAAAAAGAAUCUUGUUAGUUUCUCCCUUUUAACGAGCUCAAAUCGAUGCAUAAAACUAAGGUGACGUGCACGUGUCAAUUGACCCUGGGGUCAAUUAGCAGUUGUUUGGGGCAAAAUAACUUCAAAAUAAUCAAUCUAUUUCACAAGCGUUCGCAAGAACACCAGACUAACUUUCAGAUAAUGUUGAAGUACUAUAUCUCAUUAGUUAGUAAGCGGGAUUUGGGGUGAUUUGGAGAAUUCCCCCAUAUAGAAAAUUCGAUUUUGGUUUUAGCGGUAAAUUGUUGUAUUUAUAAGCAUUAUGCAAAUUACGUUUCAAAAUUCUGCUGGUUCGUCGAUAUUUUAUACUCUAAAUCUAAAAAAUAAGCCAUUCAGAAAUUGUUAGGUAUCUGCUUUUUGAGAUUUAAGUGGAAGAUUGGCAAUAUAUUCGCUCGUUUAUGAAAGUCAGCUCAUUUCUGUCGCUAGGCUAUAUUGCCGUGUUCGGCGGCUAAUUUUAGGCCCGCAGACCGUUGAAAUCGAAAAUCUCAAAUAAUUCCCAAACUCGGCCGCAUUUUGAAAUUUAAACCUCAGCAGUGUUAUAAACUCAUUAAAACCUUAUUACAGACUGAAAAUGAGAGUAAGUUAGGUUUUGAGCUGUGGCCACGAUUUGCCGAUUUUGCUCGAUUUUUCUGUGCAUUCGCUCUUAAGAGUCUUUCUCACGAAAAAAGCAUUUUCUUCAAAAUUCGUAGUUUUUUUUCCUUCAAAAUUUUUCAGGGCCACAGUUGAUUAACUAACUACCCGGACUCUGAAUUUCAUGGUCAUUGAAAAACUGUGACAUCAUCUUCUAUAAGCCCAAACUUGAGUAAGCAUUGAAGAUUUUUAGCGUUUUGGCUGAGUUUGUGCUUUGGGAGUUGUCUAUUGUUUCUAGUCUGUCAUGAUACAGGAUUCUUGUUCAGCACGCGUGCAAUGACCGCGCUUGGCUGACUUCCGAAUGCUCACCGAGAUAUGAUAAUGACAGGCCAUCGCGUGAUACAUAGACGCAACCUCGUCCCCAGGGUCUUCUCGCUUUCCAAUAUGGCGGCGGCAGGAGAGAAGACCCUGGCACACAGCGAACUAAAACGAUCGCUGAUUGGUGCAUUCCAUGGUGCGUUCAUACGUGCGCUCUCAUUGGUUUAUUCCUUCCAAAACAAAGAUGGUUAACAUUUGAGGGCUUCGUAGAGGGUGAGAAGUGCGGGCUUCAGUGUUUGAGGUGGACAGAAUUCAGGUCUGAUUGUUCGGAAAACUGUGACUGUACCGUUGGAAGGCAAAGAUUCGCAGAUAGCGAUAUCUGAAAUGGUAAUCGCUGGGAAUAUUAUAAGGCGUACGUAGAGGUAUUUCUGUUGCUCGUUCUAUUUGGUUUGUGUGUUCUAAAUUACUAAAGAUUUGUUUCUUUAAUUCCCGAUUUGUCAAAGAAUACUUGCAAGGCUUCAGCUUAUCAAUAAAUUUCGCUGUCCGUUUGCAAACUGCCUUUUGUUUUCUUUGAACAAUAGCUGUAUGCAUAAUAUUAUUAAUGUAUGGGGUUAUACGGAAAUCGUGCAUAAUCUGUGGUUUGUCUUAGCAGUUUUUUGUCCAGUGAAGUAUUUUUUUUUCAUUUGAUCGUAACAUGCAUGGGCUUAACCUGGCCUUCUUUUAAUUUUUUUCACUGUGAUUUUGAAGGGGCAUGAGGAGCGAGAGAGGCAGAUGUCGAAACAAAACUAGAAAUUGAAGCCAAACAGGUUGUCGCUAUCCUUCGAUAUUUUUAAUCCUGACUUUUCAUUUAUUCAGUUUUUAGUGUCACAAUAAUGAUAAUUUAUUAUUAUUUGCUCAUUUUAUAGGCAGUAAAAUACAGCUAAAUACAGAGACAUUGGGAAAAUAAACUGUUUCCUUUUCUCAGAAAUGAAAAACUUGCAUAUUUCUAGUUAGUCUUUCUAGUUGCAAAAAUAAAAUAAUGAAAGCACAUGAUGUCUUUUGUUUUAUCAAGUUGAAAAUAAUGAUCAGCCCAUGCAAGGAAAUCGGACAGUCUUGGAUUCUCAAUUCUGCUCCAUGGAUACUGCAUUCUGGAUUCUUUGUCAGUGGAACUUGGAUUCUGGAUUCCAAUUAUAAGUGGGAUCCAGAGUACUUGACCUUUAUUUCAGAUUCCAAGAGAAAAAUUUCCCAGAUUCCAGAUUCCCUUAGAUGGGGUGACAGUGAUCCUAAGAUAAAUACGUUUUCUGUCAAACCAAAACCUGUUAAUUGAGCUUCUAAUUACUGUAGGCUAAGUGUGCAUGUUGUUCUUGUCACUGCAUGUUGUUCUUGUCACCAUAUGCUUGAAAAGGGGGUUUGUGGACCUGAAAUAGUGGCUGGCAUUGUAGUAUUCCAAAACCAGCUAGGUAUGAUUAUGAAGCAGCUAUAAUUCAGUUCUAAAAUUUGGAUUUAAAAAAAUAAACUGCUUCAAAGGGUGCAUAUAUCACUAUCCACUGAAUAUACAAGAGCGGAAGGGGCCUGCAGCAUCUUGAUCCCAGGAUUUUUCAUGUAGGGAUGCCAAAGCUUUUGAAGUGUUUUGCACCAGAGUCCCCAUUACCAUAGUGAGCUUUUAGUUGCCUAGUCAUGGCCAAUGAUUUUCGGGUCACGUGGCCCCAAGCAAUAUAGUGAAACAGUUUCCCCCCAGUUUGCCUAAGAUAAGUCACAGAAAUGAAUUGACCAAGAAGACCUGGGAAAAUGCCACACAGGGACAAGGCAAGGCUUUUAGCUUGUAUAGGUGUUGGGCUGUGAGGAUGCAGCUGUUAGAUGUGCUGGCUCAAAUACUUCCAAAGUCUACUUUAAGGUGUUGAUUAGUCUUAGUCAUAGUGUCUGUAUCAUAAUCAUAUCAUAGGAAAUAAUCAGAUUAACCCAACUAUUAAACUGAUAAUCAAUUAUAGUAGAUUAUAGUUUUGUGACCCCUGUGUACCACUUUCAACACUGAAAACACUUUUGUAAGUGAAUAAAACAAAAACCUACCCCGCAAGCAGAAGCUUAUCUGUCACAUAGUUAAACCAACUAAACAUCAUAUAAACUACACUAAGAGUCCAUCAAAACGACAACACAGGUGUAUUAAUGUCCUUAUUUGUUAACAAUGUUUUUGUGUACUUUCCACAACAAUCAAUUGAACGUUUGUAUGUUAAGCAGUAUUCACUUUGCUUUAGGUUUCAGAUCAAUGAUAGAUUAUGAUAGAUAAUCAGCACUCCACUACCAAGUUAUGUCUCAAUUAGACUACGAAAGGGCCCAUCUGACACGCAAAGCGUGUUUGACUUAAAAGAUUAUUAUCCCCAAAUGAGAUAGGAACUUUUACAGUGCACAUGAGUCAGAUAGGACUGUCAAAUUUUUGAACAACUGCAGUCUAGCCUUUAGUCAAUUUGUAAAUUGUCAUGGCAAAGUGCAGCCCCACGUAAUAUGCCGUAAAAUAAACCAAAGUCAGGGAUUAAGAAAGUUUUUGCUCUAAAAAUAAAAAUCUAUUUCAAAGUGAAGAAUACAUUUGGGAUUGCUAAAUUACAACCAAUGGAAACACUCUUCACUUUGUGGUAGCUAUUAAAGCGGGGUUAAUGCUUUUUUUUUUACAUCUGAGAGGCAAAAAAAAACAACAAUAACAACAUAUUAAAUCCUCUACUAAGGCCCCACUCUCUCAAAUAAGCCCUCCUUUUCAGUGGAAGAAAGUUUUAACAAUAAGCCCCCCUCUCUUUUAACCCCCAUCCCACCUCCCCUCCUUUUCUUAUUCUUCACUAAUAAAUAAAAGACUGUAUCAAUCAAUGACAACUGUAAAACUUUGUGUGGACCGAUCCAGGAUGGUUUAUUCAGCAACUGGAAGUUCGGAUUUGUUUUUGAUCAUCGGCUGCUUGACCUCCAACCUUCUUGUACUUGGGCUUUUUCAGUUGGCAUUUUUUUUGUGUGGGGAACUAAUAUCAGCAUAUUUGCUAGAUAAAAUAAGGCCCCUGUCUCUAUUGCCCAGAAGCAUUGUGAACAGGGUUAGAUAUCAAAAGCCAAUAAGAAAGUCUAAAAAUUGUGACGUAGAUGAAGAUUAACAAUAAUUUUAUUACCUGCACCAGAUCAAGUGACGAAAUAUCCAAACUGAAAAGGAACUGUUUAAUUUUCAACCAAAGUUUCCUUAAAUUGUCUUAACAAAAUAGUGUUCUCUGGCUCUUGUUCUGAGAAAAAAAAUUGUUUUUUUACAUAUCAGAGUUCAGUUAAAAUGAGUGCAGAUAGAAAAACAAUAGUCAAAAACCUCAUGAAGAUCUGUAACAAAACUGACGAUAACUUAUCAGCUUAAAGUGUCCGCGACUUAAGUGAAUGCUUAGUUGAAUUUCGGAACGGAAAAGGUUUUUGAGCGUCACGACAAAAAAUUCCCUGGCUUCUGAGGUCUGUUCUCGAAAUUCCUAAGAUGAAAUAAAUUGCGCUCACGGUUAGAAAAAGCUCCCCCUUUCACGAAAAAAGAAAACUGAACCUCUGGCACUCAGGGUGGGCAAAAAAAGUAAACAGUGAAAAAAGGUCGGUAUCGAGUGCCGUGUACGCUACAGAACGUUCAGGGUUAAAACAAAUGAAGGUCAUUGAACAGAAAAUAAGAUCGCUAUAUCAUUCUACCGUAUUCCUGUGGCUUGUAAGUGCAUUCUUUCAUAUUUUCAGCUUCUUUUGAGUUUGCCUUUACCGCCAUUUUGUUUGUUUUUCACCAGUCUCAAGACCUCGUACCCAGAUCCUCUCACUCUUUAUCUUGGCCGCCAUUUUGAAUAAAUUUCCACUCUCCGUGGACAAAUCAGUCACGUGAUUUCUGCUGUGUGCCAGGGUCUUCUCUCCUGCCGCCGCCAUAUUGGAAAGCGAGAAGACCCUGGGGACGAGGUUGACAUAGACGUUUAACUCACAACUUUUAAUCAAUUCUCGUGCUUCUUGUGCCUUUGCAAAAAAAAUCAAGAAGUGCUACACACCAAAUCUACUUACUAUUAAAAAAAUAACAUUUUUUCAUAGGUUUAAUGCAAGCCAAUAAUUAAACCAACUCGUGACGGGAAUCCCUUCUAUUUUCUCAUACUAAAUUAUCAUAUCUCGGUGAGCAUUCGGAAGUCAGCCAAGCGUGGUCAUUGCACGCGUGCUGAACAAGAAUGCUGUAUAAUGACAGACUAGAAACAAUAGACAACUCCCAAAGCACAAACUCAGCCAAAACGCAAGAAAUCUUCAAUGUUUACUCAAGUUUGGGCUUAUAGAAGAUAAUGCCACAGUUUUUCAAUGACCAUGAAAUUCAGAGUCCGGGUAGUUAGUUAAUCAAUUGUAGCCCUGAAAAAAAUUGAGGGAAAAAAAGCUACGAAUUUUUAAGAAAAUGCUUUUUUUCGUGAGAAGGACUCUUAAACGCUGACAAACGUCAACAAAUAGCUAAAACUAUCAUUUCUAUAUGUGCGCGCAUUUACAAGGCCCUAAAGCGUUUUGCUGACUUGCAAGGACCCAUCUGUUGUAACGAUCCCCAAAAUAAAGGGAUAAGUCUAAUAGUUUAUUAAAUAUAAUCGUGUAAAGUUUGCUUAUCAUUUUCGCGCAAAUUAUGACCUAAAUUUGGAAACCGCUGAAUUUCUCGAAUUGGGUCUUUGCGAUUUCGGUGAAACUCUGUUCAGCGCAAGGCACUAAUGUGCACUAUGUGUAGCCGAGAGAUUUCACGAAAAAAUGCCGGCAACAGCCGAUUUUCGACUCAGACCUCAAAGGGGCGUGGCAUUAUAAGCACGUGACAUUUACUCUGAUCGCCAAAAAUUUUAUGUUAUAUUGUAGAUUGAUCUAUAUGUUAUCCAUUCUAUGUGUUAGACUUACGAUAAAAGUAAAGGUGGGGAUACCAGAAAGCUUCAAAGUAGGAUGGUACCCCCCCCCCCAAAAAAAAAAGAAAACUGGGUCGAGUCACCUUAAGUAGUUUCAAAUAGCUGUAAAGCGAAGCACUGACGAAGAGAGCGGAGAGGGGGGUGGGGGGUGGCCUCAGGUUUGUCAGUCAAAUGAUAACCGAUACGAGUUGCCGAACUAAGGAUCUUUACUUUGUUAGGUACCAUUUCUGUUUCCCAAUACGUCAUAAAUCCAAAGGAUGGCUAAACGUGUUGCAAACUGUUAAAAUACCCAGAUUGGUUAAAACUAUGGUUUUUCGAACGGAUUAUAAGUAGAAGUCAUAAGAACACUUGUGCUUUUCUCUAUCUCGUUGUAACUGACCAGGUGCGGGCGAAGAAAUGGAUUUGGAGUUAAUUGUGAUGAUAAAUGAGCCAUGUCUGAUUGAGGAAACAAUCCUUUGUGACUUGAAACACGUGUCUGCACCCGUGUACUUGUAUGUAAAAGCCACGUUUGAGGUGAGUACAAAAGAGAGAUUGAAGAAGCUUACUUGUAUAGACAAACUUUUUACUCACCACGCAAACGUUAGGACUGAAGAGACUGCGCAGUACAACAAAAGGAUGUUGCUAACAUGAUAUAACAAAUGGGUACGUGAGGGUUCAUAAUUAAGGAUAACGUUCACAGAAUCAACCCAAAUGAUAGCUACCGUGCCGUAAUGAUUUCACCCAACAUUUGCAUUACCAUUUGCGUUAGCUAAGCAUAUUCACGGUACUCCAUAUAGCUCUUAUUUGAUUAAAGAAAUCAAAGAAAAGGCAAAUUGUAGAGAAUCACCAUAGAGACCAGUUGUUCCUCUGACUUAAGGUGGAUUUCCACUGUCGCGUUAUGUUUUAUACGUGCGUUUGACGCGCCUAAAUAAAAUAGAGGCAAUGUAAAGUGUCGCCAGAAGCAUAUAACUCUGGACCAUAUGCUUCUGGUGUCGCGCAUACGCUCGUAAAAAUCACGCGCGACAGUGGAAAUCAACCCUUAGCCAAAUUUUUAUUUACCAUGUAUUGACCAGUCAGAGAACUUUGAACCCUUCAAUUUCAUAGUUAUUGUCUCCUUUUUCGUUUUUUAGGGUCCUGAAGUUGUAUUCACAUCUCCAGACCUGAAUUUCAAACUUAUUCCGUUCAGGGAACAUCAUGGCUUUGAGCACAUAACUAUUAAAAACAUUUCAGAAAUUCCAGCAGAGUGGAGCUUAAGGGAAUGUGCAGACUGUCUAGAGGUACCUUUUAUUAUUUUUCGGGUGCAAGUAAUUGUAUUGCUGAAUAUGAAUACCAUAAAUCCUGUAUUAAGCCCCCCUCUCAAAUAAACCUCCUCCCUCUAAUAAGCCCCAUCUUUUCAGGGAAAGAAAGUUAAUAAGCCCCCCAUCCCUUCCCUAAUUAUUCUUCACUAAUAAAUGAGAGACUGUAUUAAUCAAUCGGGACUCUAAAACUUCGUGUGGGCUGAUCCGGGGUGGUUUAUUUACCAACUGGAAUUUCGGAUUUGAUUCUGAUCCUCGGUUGCAUGGCCUCCAACCCUCUUGUUCUUGAGCUUCUCCACUUUGUAUUUUAGUUCUUUAUGACGAACUGAUACCAUCGUCUUUUUUAAAUUAAAUAAGGUUCCCUUCUCAGAUAAACCCUCCGUCUCUAGUCUCUAUUAAGCCCCCCCCUCAAAUGGGCUGGAAAAAUAAGCCCCCUCCCCCCGGAGGACUUAGCAGAUGAUUUAAGGUACCUAGUAGAAAACUUCUCGCAGGUCCUUUUCAUUGGGAUUUUGGAGGUACUUGAAUAACCACACUUAAAUAUUGAAUGUAACUAUGAAGAAGAGUACAUGUAUCCCGGAAAACAGCCUUCGCACUCGUCCUUCCUAUUUUUUCAUUUUUUAGUUGUUUGUCACUGAGUUACUUUCUAUAGUUCCAUAAAUUUUUUCCUGCAUAUCAGUUAUUCGGUUACUUUAACCCGUGCAGAAAUACUGUUUUAAAACUGCGUACGUUUGUUCUCCGAGGUGUCAGAGGACAUGUUGGUGAAUUCUGCUGAGUUUACGUUCACCCCCAGCUGUGGAGUGCUGGGACCGCAGGAGAGUCAGUCAGUUCAGGUGUUAUAUAAGGUUUCACAGGCACCCAGACGAGUCAGAACUGUUCUACAGUGUAAUGUCAAGAAUGGCAAAACAAGGUAGGUUACGUCACAAGUAACGUGGCAUCUGGGUCUAAUGUUAGGAAGCAUCGGAAUGUUGUCUGUUUUACCUCUUAGUCCUUGUUCGGCUGUUGCAGAGCCAAGUAAUCAACCGUCUUCUUCCUUUGCCGUUUAGCAUUGUAUGAUACAUUUAUAUAGAGUGUUUUCACCCACGUGGCCAGCAUCUAUGCAAAUUUAUUGGAACAAAAGAAAGCGUUUGCAUAAGAAAAGAGUACAACUCCCAGAGGACUGGUUUGGGACACCAACAUGGCCGCUGUUUCAUUGUUUUGGGACACCAAUAUGGCCGCCGUUUCAUUGUUUUGGGACACCAAUAUGGCCGCCGUGACGUCAUGUGAAAACACUCUAUAGUUGAUAUGCCACAAUUUUUUCUAGUAUAGUUUUUGUAUGACAACGUCUUUCCGGAACAAUUCCAAAAAGUGUUUUUUUUUGUCUCAAUGUGGAUUGUAAAACUUUUUUACGUUUACUUAAACAGCUUUUGUGAACUUUCUCUCAUUAUUAAGACAAAAUCGUUUGCAAACUCUGAGGUAAAAACAAAAUAUUUUAUCCCUUAGAAAGUGACACCUACAGCUUUGAGCGCGCUAGCUUUUGUCAUCGUUUACCCAUGGGCAACCGGUGACCAAUCAGAGCACGCGCUUUAUUUUUUUUGGUUAUAUUUUGUUUUUGUUUCCGCUUCUUUUUUCUUUUCAGCUAUUUAUCAGUAUUUGGGGAAAUACAAAGGCCGCUUGUUUGCCUGUUAUCUUGUGACAUGUACAUUGAGAAGGUGUAUUUAGGUGUCCCUGUGAGCAGAGAGGUUGUGCUUCACAAUCAGUCACUGCUGAAGGCCAGGUUUACAUGGGAAGAGGUGGGUACCACCCUAAAAGGCUUACUCUCGAUUCUGAAUCCAGCUGAGCAUUUCUGUUUUUUAGUAGCUUUCAUGAAGAUUCCACCAGUCAAACGUCUAGACGUUAUGUUUUUUUUAAUUGGUGGGAUUUCAUUUGCCAGUAAGUGUAAACAUGGGCAAAAAAGUAUAAACCAGUUCUUAACAUAGUGAUCUUAAAAUCUUUUUAAAAUUGUGAGCUUUUUUUGUUGAAAACGCUUAGCGCUGAAAGAAAAUCAUGCUAAAAUUGGCGUCGACAAUAACACCAACCUUGGUUUUCAAAUACUUAGACCUUUUUUAGUAAACUUUCCAAAACUCUAGUAAACUAACAGGGUAUUGGUAAUAAAAAUGUUUCAACUCACAUUUGUCGUUUGGGUUUCCUUUUUAUAGUUUUUUUUAGACUGCUGAAAGCUGCUGAACAUUUGGGCUUACAUAAGUUCUCCUUUGUGAAAAUUUUAAUUGUGAAUUAUUGUCCUUUCCGCUCUCACGAUGCAUUCACUUUCGACUUCAUACUGCUAGUUUACAUCAGGGGAUUAGGUUGACUGGUUUUCCGUCAUCUUCUUAUGGACGAUGCUUCGUUAUUAUAUGAAUGGAUGGCGAUAGGCGAGUUUGUUCUCAUUUUCUAUCUACAUGGUGAAUAAACUUGUAGUAAGGGAUGGAAGGCUGCUGUGAUAAGUUGUUAACACUUCUGUUAUCAACCGCAGCGGGGUUAGCUUAGUCGGUAGAGCGUUUGCCUGCAGAGCGGGAGGUCGCCGGUUCGAUUCCCAGGACCGGACCAACACUCAGGGUCUUAAAAUAACUGAGAAAUGAAGGCAUUCCCUUUGCACUGCAAAUGACUGGACCUUCGCGUGGCUCGGAUGGCCUCGUAAAGUGGCGGCCCUGUCUCCAGUAGGAGACGUAAAAACAGUGUCCCCAGUUAGUACUUUCGUGCUAAAUACAUUGACACUCGAAUAAAGUGCAUUUUUGAUCGUGGGUGGCGAAGGUGUUGUCUACGUAACUGCGUCUUCUCGUUGUUUGUAAGUAUUUGGAUCUCAAUACGGAAGUAAGUAGGUCAGCCAUCUGAGAAGGUGUUAGCCUCGCUUCGUGCGUUCUGCAAGGCAUAAGUCUCUCAGUCUCUGUAGAGCGGCUUGAGGGCUGCGUCGAUACGAAAAUAUCCUCGAAAAUAUGGAAUAACCCGGGGUUUAACUUAACUUUACCUGUUUUUUUAGAAAUCAUGGCAAACUGUGAUGAAUAUUUUCCCUAAUUUUGCUCCAGGUCCUUGAAGGAGAUUACAUACUAACGUUCGAGCCAAAGACGGGCUUCUUGGAACCUAGGGAGGAGAGGUCAAUCAAACUGACAUUUACAGGACAUAAGAAGGUAGUGUCAAGUUCAGCAGUACAUUCAAUUCAAAAGCAAUACUGUCCUCAUCAGAGGUCGGAAAAGAAAUUUGAUCGCCUUCCGUUCGUAACCUUAGACCCUGUUUACAUGGAGUGGGGGACCCCGGUCUAGUGGGGUAGGUUUCUUUCGCUUUGUGUCACCUAGAGCGUGAAAACAAAAGAAACCAACCCCACUAGACCGGGGUCCCCCACUCCAUGUAAACAGGCCCUAACUCGCUUUGUGGAGGCCAUUAUUAUCCCAAUGUGGACAUUUAUUUACAGCGAGGGAGGGACAGACGGACGGAUGAAUGAAAUCUGUGAGGGACGGAGUGAUGGAGAGAGGCUUGGGUGAAAGGAGGGAGGGAGAGACUAGCCUGCGUAGCAUGCGCUUGGAAGUAUGUCAUGAGCGCAGGCAAAUAACGGGUUGCGUGAGAGAGACACGUGUGUCUUCCUCGCGCGUCCCGUUCUUUCUUGCGCCCAUUAUACUUCCAAGGGUCUGCUAGGCAGGCUAGGGAGAGAUGAACGGAUGGCGGUUGUAAGAGGAGUAAUCUGUAAUAAAAAUGCAAACUCCUAAGCUCUCGACGGAAACAAAUGAUUAAUGUCAAUGAUUUGCCUUCAUCGAUCCCGAUUCGUGAUGAAAGAAAUGCUAUAAACGAAUUGAUGGUACAUAACUCUACACUCAUUUUGGCUUGAAACGUCAAGUCACUUCUGAGAAUUUGAACUUUACCUUUUAGCCUCCAAUCUCGAUUUGCGUAUAAUAUCAGUCUGUUUUAAUUACUGAACUGACUUGAAUAAAUUAUCCAAUUAUAUAGAAAGCUUUUCUUGUUAUAGAGGUCGUCGUAGGUUUUUACCCAACGAAUAUCGUAGAAAAGCCGACGCCCAUUCACGUCUCUGUAGUAUUAGAAAAAACUCCGAUGGCCGUCAGAAAAUCUGUAUUUAAGCAAAGUGACACGUUAUGUAUUUUGUAUCAAUUUUCCCACAGGGACCUAUCAGUGGUUUUAUGACAGGUUGCGAGGUGGAAAGAAUGAUUGAUACUUUGUGGCUUUCAAUCUCUGCCGAUGUUCAGGGAUUAAGUGUCACCUUUGAAACUCCCAAGACCUUUGAUCUUGAAAGGUAAGUUUUCGCAAAGUUAAUAGAUUGGAAUGGUUUUGAAACCCUUCGGACUCCUUUGUUAUAUGUUUUUUUUGGACCUGACGGUGCACAACGUUCAAUAGCAUUCCUAGCAUUUUGAUCUUAUUGACCAAUAAACACGUCUCAUAAAUUUAUUCCGUCACAAUUUGCCAACAGAAUUGAAAACAACGGAUUGUGCGCCAUCAUGGAGCUUCCAACAUAAACUAGCACUGUUUUUAUCUUUGGUGUUUGUUGUCUUUCAUAACCAGUCUCCUCUUAUAACUAUGGCGUACGUGCAUGACUUUAAAUAUUUGUUGUGACCACGAUUUAUUGAUUGAUUGAUUGAUUGGUUGAUUGAUUGAUUGACUGAUUCAUUCAUUCAUUCACAACUUUAUUUUCAUUGGGAUUUUAGAGUAUUCGGUUAGUGCUAUGAAUGUCUCUGAUGACUGAUUUGAUGUUGUCAGUGCUUUCAGUAUUUUCGCGUCUUACCUGUAGGUAAAAAUAAAAGAAAACUAGUAUGCAGUGUAGAGCGUAUUUUUACAUUAAUUUAGACCUGAUGAAAUCAGAGAGGCGUCACUUGAAGACAGAGAGUUGCUGCUGGAUUUCGAAACAGUACCGCUGGCCAGUUGUCCUCGCACAACCCUUGUUCUCACUAACACGUCAGCAAUAAAGGCCACCUUCAGUAUAGAGCUGGAUCACUUCAAAGCUGCCAAGCCACCAACCCCUCCAGAAGGUAUUUACCCUGCUAUUUAAGCCCCUUUGGCAUUUUGCUAGACGUUUUGAUCACACCAGUGUGUGGUAAUUUAAAAACGAAACGAAAGAUUGCAAUGAAACAAGAAUAUAACAAUAUGUUUUCUGGUCACUUGAUGCGUGCGUGCCUCCCCUUAAAUUGAGAACUAUACCGUGGAGCGUUAUUUCUAUGGGCGACAGAAGAUUUGAAACUUUGAAGGGGAUGUAUGCACAUAGAUGAUAAUUUGAAAAUGUAAAAUUCAGCUUCUCAAUGAGUGUCCAUAGCUUUAACGCGUACUACCGUAAACAAAGUUAACAAGGCGACCGAAGAAGGAGGUGGUAUUUUGAAAAAACGUUCCCUUGUGGAUUCGCCGCUCACGCGCCAGAAAGAGUUCCUGCACACAGUAAUACUACCAGCUACGCAGACCAUUUGUGGGACUGAGAAACCCUCAGCGGUAAGGUCUAUAGUUUGAAACUCAAUUUUAAUACACCGAAAUUAGACUCUCAGUAUUGUUAAGGGUAAAUGAUUGCAUGUUAGGUGUUUUCUUAAAUUUAAUGUUCUUUUCUCUUUUUCCUUCUCCUAGGGGCACCACGAGGGAAAAGGUGCGUUUAAUUUUUUGCUUAUUCUUGUAAAGUUGGAGAUCUUUUAGUAAGUGUGUUUGAUCGUCCUUCGACAGUGAAGACGUCUCUAAAACAAUUCCUUUUGAGGAUACAUUUUAUUGCAGUGUAAAUACACACUGGGACCACGUCUCGCGCUUUGUUGCCACAGUCAAAAGCCGGCCUGGAAAAAACUGUCAAAGUGCUCCACAAAUGAUGGAUAAUGGAUAACACGGUAGACGUGAAAGUGAUUAUUACAAUGGAACCUCUAUUCAGGGGACACCCUCGGGACCAAGGCAUGUGUCCCCUGAACGUAGGUUGGGCUAGGGUUUGUUAAUAAUUAACCAGCAAAUAAAAUAUUUUUCUACAACUCUACCUCGGAAUCUGCGGCAGUUAUUACUACAAGCAGUUAGAUAAUGCAUAAACAAUUAUAAUUAACUUAUCUCUGCGAUGUUUUGUGGUUAAUUCCCAAAUGUGCAGUGUAUCGAUUUGAGUGAGAUAGUUCAUGUUUUGAAAGCUGUCGCCAUUGUGACUAGUGAACACUAAAACUUAACGAUUUUUGUGGUCAGUCCUUUUUGGAGGGCUAAAGUGUCCCCUGAAUGGAGGUUAAAUCCGGGUUUCGGGACCCAUGAAAAGUGUCCCUUCCCCUAAAUAGAAGUGUCCCUUCAAUAGAGGUGACAAAUACAAAGAUUAUGUGAACCUUUUUGGGGGGACCAAAUUAUGUGUCCCCUGAAUGGGGGGUGAGCCAAAGGAGAGGUUCAACUGUAGUUUCAACUGGAAAAAGUAAUUGUUGUGGAUUAAUGUCAUAAAUAUUUUGUUAUUUUACUUUGCGUAUCAACUGUAGGGACAGCCCUUGACGUCGACCUGUUUGCUCCCUAGCGAAAGAAACUUGAUAAAUACAGCUUCAUUAAAUAAAUUCAUACUAGGAUGUAUAAAUAUUAGAUGAUAUUUUGAUAAUGAUUCUGACGAUAACAGGCAACUAUUUCUGACACUUAAUUGAUUUAUCUUCAGAGGACGACUAUUAGGGAAAACCCCAAAUAUUGCAGAUCCAGUCAGUAAGACUUUUACCAAGGCUCAUUCAGGUAAGAAUACAAACAGAAGUUUUAUUGUAAAUAGAACUCUCAAUUUUUCCCUCAAAAACAGUUGCACAGUGAAGCAGAAAAAGUGGUGCGAUAUUGAAGCUUUUCUCUGAAUUGAAUGCACCCUUUAAUAUCCUUGUUUAGUUUUGUAUAAAAACUGUCCUCAUAGACUAGCUUUUGCUAUUUGUCCGUAGUGAGAAAAUGAAACUGUAAAUCCAGAUUGACCGAUAAAAAAUGAAAUGAAAUGCCAUAAAACGCACCAUAGUUCAGGCGUGUCUUGUGUGAAUGGUCAGCGAGGACUGAUGUUUACUCAGUACAUUUUGUUUCUCACAGUACAACGUUUGUACUCCCAACUUUUAUACUGAGUACUAACCUCAUCUAGCUUUCGCCGGACGACCUUUUUAUUUCCAUUUUAAGUUCUUUUUUUGCUUUUUUGGCCGCCAUCAACACAAAACCUGCUCUUUACGGCACAGAUGGCCGAAAACUGGACGCCGACAUCUUUGAAAUAAAAGCAGGCGUAUCCUAUGUUUAUUUCAACAUGGUUUUUAUUGACCGCUUGGAGCGUUUGCUAUGAUGAUGUUUCGUUCCUCGCCACACAGCAAGCGUUCAGACGGUCAUGUUUGAUCAAGCUAUGCUGCUGUUGUUCACUCCCCUUACUUUCUAAUUGGCUCAUUUUUUAGAUAACUGUAGGGCCAUAUUGCGUGACGGAAGGGGAGCAGUUUUUGUGCCGAGUCCAGCGUCGGGUGAAUUGCUUCCGUUUGGCUACCAGGUCAUUGAGAUAACAGGCUAUAGUGAUAUGUGGGGCGAGUACAGAGAUUUACUUGUUUGUAAAGUAAGUGACGUGCGAUAUGAGAGAAUUCAAACUCUGCACAAUGAACCUACAACUGAAAUUCUCUUUCCCUUCACAAUCUCUCGAUUUUAUAGUUUAAAGCACUAAUUUGUAUUAAUUAUAAUUAUUCUGUGUGAGUUUAAAUAAAAAUUGACUUGACUUGACUUGACUUGAUAUGACAGUAGGUAUCUCCCACUGACUAGUAAAGCUCUCAACAGCAUGACUUUUUUCGUUUCAGAUCGACUUGUCACACAAAAUUGAUUUACAAAUGUUUUAUUUAAACAAAUGUACUAUAACUGAUACUUUCUGUCUUAGAUUGACGGUAUGGACCCAGUUUAUAUUCCUGUUGAAAUGGAAGUCGUGGGUUGUCCGCUUAACUUUCAGAUGAUGAAAGAUCAGGCGCCAAUUCUUCGGUAAGGAAUCAAAUAAGUGGUUUUUUUUGCAAGUAGUAUAGUAUGGACCGAAUUCAUCGUCUUUUUUUCUUAAGCCCCGUUCGCCCCUGUCCCGAUCAUUUUACCUGCACUAAUAUGUAGUGAUGGUAAUAAACGUUGAUUGCAUGAGGGUGCGUGGGUACGAUGUGAAGAUUUAUACAGGUUGAGGAGAAAGUUACCACUGGAUACCACCUUCUGGAGAUCUGCAUAAUUUGUUAUAUUAUACGACAGCUGAAUUCAAUCAUUGUUUUAGUAUUCUUUCAAAAUAUUUCCCAGCUCAUAACAUCCUUGCCUCUGGUGGAAGUUAUUCAUGACAGUUGUCAGUUUCACGGCCGUUUCAGGAUUUAAACGGAGGUUGAAAAGACUCUUGUUUUCCAAAGGAGGAUAAAAUUGUGUUUGAAUCCCGUGAAAUUGUUCAGCUUGGAGAUAAAAGUUUCACAGAGCUAUUCACUUCUAUUGCAGUAAGGGAGCUUGAUGAAUUUCUUAAUAUGCUCUUCAAAAAUGUUACUCGGGACAGAUUGUCAUCUUCGGGUGGAUCUUUUAGAAACGUGUUCGCUGUGCGCGGAAUCAAGCACUUGGAGUAUCAUGCAUUUAGAAAGGUGGUUUCUACUGUUUUUAAGUCGGAGGAAGCGCUUAGCUCUGUGGAGGGUACCCGAGUAAUACAAUUUCUUUUCCAGUUGUAGACUUAGCGACAAUGACAAUGUAAUGUUAGCUGCUUUAUCCUUGUUUCUGCAGUAUCUGUAUCCCCCCACUCCACUUAAACUCUUGAUAACAAAACUCUCUUUUCUUUAGCUUGGGAACACACGUAUCUGGAGCGCCUUUGGUAAAGCGAUCCUUAAGAAUCAACAAUACAAGCCCUUACGGUGCGUUGAUAUUUUAAAGCUUUGUUUGGAUUAUCCGAACAUACUCGUUUCCAGUACCUGGUAUGCAGUGGGUGAAAGCUUAAAUCUUGAGGCUGACGUCCAAACGUCUCUGCCCCCAUCUACCCUCGUAGUCUACUAGUUAAACUUUCGAAAAGUUUCAUUUUUAAUAAAACUGUAUGAUAACAAACGUUCAUUACCGCACAAAAUUAUAUAUCCUCUAAAGUUUUAAAUCACUCUUUUGAAUUCCGGACCACUAUAAUGAGAAAUCAACUUUCGUAGUAUGUAAUCCAGCUAUGCUCAUUUUUUGUAUUCCUGUCCUUUAAUACCAAACUAUUUCUUCCAUCUUUUAAAAGAAUGUAUUUAAUCAAUCAGUUUAGUGGCAUGGGUAUGUAACUUGAGAAUGAGGUAAGCAAAAUUUUGACUCAUUGGUGGAAAAGUUUCUUGUGAGAAUUUCAUAGUUUGUGUCAAACGUUAAGGGGUGUGGCGUGGGUGGGUGGGUCGUGCGUGUUGGGUCGUGAAUCGCUUUAGCGGUUUAUGCAGAGUUCCCUUUACACAAAAUAAAAACGUUUUGGUAACUUACCUUCGAUAUAUACUCUUCUCCACAGACAUUCGUUUAGACUGGGAAACAUACAGACACGUACCACAGGACAGUCAACUUCUGGACUUGCUGGUGUUCAUAGGUGAACCUUUGCCGCAAUUCAAAGAUGGGCAGGAGGUGGUACCAACUGUUGGUGAUCAUGAGAUUUACCAGCGCGAGGAUAAACCAUUCAUACAAGUCAAGCUGAGGGAACACGAGGGAGUUUGCGCAGACAGACCUUUUGAAGUCACACCUAGACAGCAAGUAAGAAUUGAACUUACAACGCUCCUAUCCAGGGUCUUCAUCUCAUUACAAAAUAUACCUCUAAUAUUGAGAGCGUAAGUUACGUUAGGAGCAUGGCACUUCCCUUUCAUUCUAAUGUUGAAGUUGACCUAAGAGUUUUAAGUGGGAUAUAGGGUAUCUUAAGGAUUAAAAGGCGGUACAUAAUAUAAUUUUCUUUAUUUUUAAUAUUUCCACGUAAAAUACUAAGAUACUAUCAAACUUCAAAUAGGUCUGAAAGUUAGAACGCCUCUAGUAUUGCUGUGUUCACUUCUAAACUAAAGGCAUUUUUCUUGGUAUAAGCAAACUUUACUUCUCUUAAUGCUUGUGUGUACUUUUUCGCUUCUUUGGUUUUUUUUUCUCGUAUUUUGUCACUUUUUCUUUUUCGUUUUUGCACUUGCUCAUUCAGCCUUAUCUGUUUUAUCCUAUUGAAUGAUUAUUUUCUACCUUGUAAAGAAGUUGUUUGUGUUCAGUUAAAUUGUCUUACCGAUGCCAGUAUCUUAUUUAUUAACUAAGUCAUAUUUUUGAAGGUGGUCCUUUUCAUGAGCCUUUUUGGCUUCCUUGGGCUCCCUUGCCUCAUCUUUCUAAAUUUUUUGUAUAUAUUGUAAUUAAUGUAAACGGCAAAAUGAUAAUAAAAUAAUACUUUUCUGUGGCCUACACUUACUUGUAAACACAAAGCUCGCCACGUUUAAAAUCAGAUAAUUUAGCAAUUAAUGAAUGAGGAUUAGUAUCUCAUGAAGAAUUAUGGAGAUCGAGGAGGGUGUUAUAUGCGGAUAACACCCUCCGAGAUCUCCAUAAUUCUUCAUAUGGUACGAAAGCCGAAUUCAAUAAUUGUUUUAUUAUUCAUUCAAAAUAAUGCCUAGUUUAAAAACAUGGCUAAAACAUGCUUACCUCCAUCGAUCCAUCGAUGUUAUGUUCAUCUUCGAUAGUGCACUUUUAGGUUUGCCCAGCUCCGCAAAUAUUCUCCAAAUAGCAGAUGUCGCCCUUCGAGUUGUCUUCUUGCUGUUCUUGCUAUGUUUUUAACUAUUUUUUCGCCUAUUUCUUACUCUUGAAACGAGUGAAACGUCCGCCAUUUUUUGUUUUCACAAUCAAAACGACUCAACCUCGUCCCCAGGUCUUCUCGGUUAACGGUGCCUUAACCUGUACGAACGCUGCAUUUUUGACGUCAUUUCCUCGUUAAACACAAAAUUCUUCCAAAUUUGGUCAUCAGUAACUGGUUAUGGUGAAUUAUGCGUGUGCUUUUAGGGGAAAUAUUUUGAAUGAAUAAUAAUAACAAUUAUUGAAUGAGGCUGAGUAGGAUAUGAAGAAUUCUGCACAUCGAGGAGGGUGUUAUCCACCAUGGCCGAAGGUUAAGGUGGAUAACACCCUCCGAGAUCUGCAGAAUUCUUCAUAUCCUUCGAAAGCCAAAGCUAAAACGUGCUUACCUCUGUCGAUGUUAAGUUCAUAUCAUUAGCGCAUCUUUAUCGGCAAGUUUAGAAGAGAAAGGUCUGUUUAGGUCUGCAAAUGUACUCCGAAUAGCAGAUGUCGUCCGUCGAGGUGUCUUCUUGCUGUUCUUGCUUUGAUUUUAGACAAUAUUUCGCCGUGAAACGAGUGAAAUGUUUCGCCGACUGUUCAGCCAUUUUGUUCUCACUAUCGAUAAAAACUCAACCUUGUCCCCAGGUUUUCUCGGUUAACGGUUCAAUAAUCUGCAACUUGGGCUGCACUUUUGGAGUCAUCGGUUCAAUAUGACAAAAUCCUUUCCAAAUUUGGUCAACAGUAGCUCUUUAUGAUGAAUUAUGCGUGAGCUUUUAGCCAAUCAGAAAUGGAGAAAUAUUUUGAAUGAAUAAUAAGAGCUCAUAUCAAUAUUUGCUUUUCUCCGUUUUUGAACGCUCAUACCAUCAAAAUUAUCUUUUGGUCUUCAUUGAUAUGAAAUUUGAGUUCCUGCACUUGUUUUGAAACUGCGUCUAAGUGGUGCUAUCUUCGAUGUUUUUAGGUGAUCUCCGCUAAAAGUCAUUCUGCUGCCACGGUGUCUUUUUACCCUUACACGGAAAACCUGUCAGGAGAGCUGUGUACUGGAUACGCCACAGCGUUCAUGAGCUUAGAUUCACAGGUGACGUGAGGAGCCUUUUACUUGUAUUUUUGUACGGUGACGUUAUACUUCUUUGUGAUAAAUUUGAAUUUUCAGUAAUAACCAACCAAUUUUCAGGACAUCAACCAGACUAGUCUUCAGCGGCGCCAUAUUCCAUAAUAUUAAUAUUUUUACACCAAAACUUUCUUUUAGUUACGUGAAGUUAUCAAACAGUACUUAAAUACUUUCAUUAGCGUUACUUUCAUUAAUAUUUAUGGUUGAGUACUUCAUGUAGUAAAUGCUUAAUUAACGUUUGAUGAUUGACAUUCAUAAAUUUUUACUGAUUAAAGAUUCUGGAAAUACCGGGACGUGUGAAAAGAGCGCAUAGUGUGGAUAUGAAACCCUUCCGCCUGGACAUGACAGCCAACAUGGACCCUGCCUUGUAGGUUUUUGUCCUUAGCUGCAGCAGUUCUUUGAAAAACCUCUUCAUUACGGGAUCUGAUUUUCUCUGCCUUUUCUCGUUUCCUUGUAUCAAACUUGAAUCGUAGACUUGAAUAAAUGAGUACUGCUGAGCUGGUUUCUUUCUUUUACAAAUUUAAGAUAAACAACUUUGAAGUUUUUUCUACGGGACAAUUCUCAGAUUGUGUAAGAUAAAAAAAAAUGUUGGUGUAUUUCAUGGACAGCCAUGAAAAUUUACAUUACUAGUGCAAAAUCACAGUGCAGCGUGCUGAUUGAGCUGCAAAGUCAGAUAGUUCCGUUAAACAGUUUUUAUUUUCCCAAAACGAUAAAAAUUUCUGUUUUUCUUGAGGAUUUGGAAAUCAUGAAAACGUCGUGGAAUAUUGAAAGAAAGAUUGACGAUAAAGUGUGCACUAUUGAUCACUGAAAUCCAGAUAAGACGCUUGUCAAUCAGUCACAAUGGUUUGUUAUUUCAUGGAAUAAAAGUUAAGUGUGAAGAAUGCAUUUUUGUUUCGUUGAUUGUAGGCUUUCUCUAGAAACCGAACAAGACAGAGGCACUGAGUUCAUUACAGCUGCAUCUGAUCUGGUAAGCUGAGUCUAACAGUUACAAUAAAUGAAUCAACCCAUACUGUAGGCGUUCGUCCCGCUGCCUUAUACAUGUAGAAAGUAAAAGAAAAUGAGUGAAGAGUGGCAGGGGUUAAGAGUCGUUCUCAAACUCAUUAAUAAUUCAUAAAGAAAAUUCAAAGGAAAUUAAUGUUUAAUGAGUGUUUGGAUAUCUGAUGAAAAACUGCUCAUAUUUGCAUCCUUAAUUUCUCCUUCAAAAAUGAUUUUGUUUGAGAAGAAAUAUCAAACCUUCGACACAGUGUUUCAUCACCAGAUGAAACACCUCGAAGUUCGUCAAAAAUACUCCGCUGCGCGUCGUAUUUUCAACUCUCUUCUCGGUGUUUCAUCUGGUGAUGAAACACUGCAUCUCAUGUUUGAUAUAUUACAUCAAGAAUUUACUGUUUUACUGUUUACUCGCGAACAUUCUGAGCAACCCUGUCUCCGGGCUUUGCUGUACGUUCAAAACAUCCCUGAUUUUAUGGGGGUUUUUUGGCCACGUUUCCUGAAAUGUAUCAGACUAUUUUGUCACGAAACAGAUAAUGAAAUGUCAUUGAAGGGGGAGAGGGGUUGAGCCACUGUCAGCCAUAUUCUUUUUUUUUGCCAGUCUGAAAGGUUUUAAGCAUAUCAAGACGUUCGAAGAUCUGUUUUGUGACAAAAUGCUCCAUGGUUUUCCUUGUUACUAAAGCUAACUGCUUCAUUACUUUCAAAACUUUCUUAUGUGGUACGGUUCUUUGGUAACCAAAUUUAUUAUCAACAGCUUGGUGGAGAGACACCGCUGAUUAAUCGAUUUGUGUUGAGCAACACCACGGAAACUCCGCUGAACAUGAAUUUCCAAGUGACAGCUCCAUUCAAGAUCGUUUCCACCGAAGCCCCCCCGUCAGCCAAGAACACAAGACCCCAUACCUCUGGAAACAUUAUACUCAAGCCCGCCAAGAGUCUCGAAGUAAGUGAAUAAAGAUGCUUUUAUUAGCUUUCACAAUAAGUAUGUUUCUGUACGCGUGUACAUCUUAAACGUAAGUUUUGAAUAGUGUGAAGGCUUGCUGUGGUUUGCUUUAGUUGCAAAAGUGUUAAAUUUCACUUGCAGCAUAGAUAGAAAAGGGAAAGCAUCAGAUGUAGAUCGAGAACGCCACUUGAGGGAGGAUUGUAUGCCUGACCUGUGACUGAAGGCCACGCGUUUGUUCUGUCAAUCCCAUUCCACGCAAAAAAUAUUUUUAAGAAUCUCUGGGCCCCGAGUAAAGGAAUACGUAGAAGAGUGUCCACAAUGUCUUAAUUGUUUUUAUUUUUGAUUCCAGUUAAGGGUUGGAUUUUACUUGUCUGAGGAACUUAUCCGCAAAGUGAACGAGCUAACUGCUGAACAGGAGCAAGCUGAUGGCGCGCUUUACACUGUUCCCCAGGAUGGCGACAGAAGAAUUAUCCUGAAACGAGACCUUACUGUUGAAUUUUCCAAUAAUACUACACAGGUUAGAUUUUUGUUCCUACUUCUUGGUCGUUCAAGAAAGUAUUAGUUGCCUAUCAAUACCCUCGGUAGACUGAGGCGCCGUUACUGAGCACUUACAAAACAUUACUGGAAUCAUACUAUUUCUGUGUUUUUCACCCCUGACUUUUCUAUCGCCUGACACGCAGGUAAAACUGUUAAUGUUAUGUUGUGUUAAUAUCUCCUUACCUUACAGAAAGUAAUUUUCGGGCAUUUUGCUGUCGUUGUGAUGAGUGUGUCCUUAGUUUUCCCCAUUGCUUAUCCCCUAUUUUUUCGUCUUUCCUUAUAGUUUCCCUAACCUUUCUCCACUCGGGACUCCUCCACUUCUUAUUAAGGUGGCUCGACUGGAUUUUUUUGGGGGGAUACCUUCCAAGUUUGAGCAUUAACUACGUCGCCACGAGUAAAGGUAUGGGAAAAAGAUUACCACAACUGUAUUAUAUAAAGAUGGGUUUUAUUGCAAUCUUAGUCGCCAUAGCAACGUAACGACGCCAUUACGUUUUUUAUUUAUCUUUGCGUUUCUUUGUACCAAGAGUUUUUUUAAGAAAUCGCUUAAGGGAGUUUGUACCUGCCGUAAUAUGUCUUAAUUAUGGCAAAGUUUGAACAAAUUCUAUGAGAGCGUUUGUGAGAUAUUUUGAAACGAAGUUUUAAGCAUCAUAAAAACAGUGAAAUUGCAUGCUAUCCACACAAUUAGCUAAAUUUUUAAGAAAAUGAUAAGCUUGGGAAACGCGGCUUCAUCUCAUAGUAGUUUGAUUCCAUUGAAAACUGCAUACAAAAAAAGAGGAGAAUUGCUCCGAGCGAUCGCGAGUAAGAAGAAUUUUAGUAACUUGCAUUCAGCUGCUUUUGUUACUGUUUUUGCACGUAAUUUGGUCCAUGCCCACAAAUUUCGCAUUUUUCAAAAAACCGCUCGAUAAAUUUUUUUAUAAAUUUGACAAUCCCGAGAUCAAUCGUCUAUAAAUAUACCCUGCAAGUUUCAAGAACAUUGAAAACAGAAAAGGCUUUUAAAUAGGGCCUCAAAUAUAACCAAUUUCUCCCCGAGAUUUUGUGUUUACAAGUGAGCUUCCUCAUUAUUCACUGGCAUUGUUUCCAAGUUUCAUAUGCACGUGCACAUUUAGCAAAAAGAUAGAAUUUGCAUCAAAAAGGACCCUCGGUUAAAUCUCCCGAAUAUGCUAAUAACCAGGUAAAGAAAUUAGUGAUAUAUUAUAACAUCACAUCAACUCUUUGUGAGAGUUUCUGUGAUGUUGUAACCCGAGUAAGAUAACUAAGUAUUGCAUCCUACACGAUGAGCCGUGACGUUCACCGUCUCGGCUCUCACUACUAUCUGUGACACAAGCCAAUUAUUAGCAUAUUCCGGAUAUUUUUUCCGAAAGUAAUCGAGAGCUCAUUUUGAUGCAAAUUUAUUUCUUUUUGCUAAAUGUGCACGUGCAUAUGAAACUUGGAAACAAUGCCAGUGAAUAAUGAGAACGCUAACUUGUAAACACAAAACCUGGGGGAAAAAUUGUUUAUAUUUGAGGCCCUAUUUAAAAGCCUUCUCUGUUUUCAAUGUUCUUGAAACUUGCAGGGUAUAUUUAUUGGCAAUUGAUCUCGGGAUUUUCAAAUUUUUAAAAAAAUUUAUCGAGCGGUUUUUUGAAAAAAGCGAAAUUUGUAGGCAUGGACCAAAUUACGUGCAGAAACUGUAACAAAAGCAGCAGAAUGCAAGUUAAUAAAAUUCUUCUUACUCGCGAUCGCCCAGAGAAAUUCCCCUCUUUUCUUGUACGCAGUUUUCAAUGAAAUCAAACCACUAUAAGAUGAAGCGGCGUUUCCAAAGCCUAUCAUUUUCUUUAAAAAUUAGCUUAUUGUGUGGAUAGCAUGCUAUUUCACUGUUUUUAUGAUGCUUAAAACUUCGUUUCAAAAUAUUUCGAAAACGCUCUAAUAGAAUUUGUUCAAACUUUGAUAUAAUUGAGGCAAUUAUGGCAGGUACAAACUCCCUUAAGCGAUUUCUUAAAAAAACUCUUGGUACAGAGAAACACAAAGAUAAAUUAAAAACGUAAUGGCGUCGUUACGUUGCUAUGGCGACUCUGAUUGCUAUAAAACCAAGAUCAUAAGAAAUUUUCAUCUUUAUAUAAUACAGUUGUGGUAAUCUUUUUCCCAUAUCGUUACUUAUGGCGAUGUAGUUAAUGCUCAAACUUGGGAGGUAUCCCCCCAAAAAAAUCCAGUCGAGCCACCUUAAAUAGCACAUCCCUCCAUUCCGCCAGCUGCGACACUCACCAUUCUGCAUUUAGUGUGUCUGCAUUUAGCAUAGCGUGUACCCUCUUUGCUACCCACUAUUCUCAACUGUCUCUCAUAUCCAAGGAUAUGUCCUUGCGUUCUUAUAGCUAAAAUAAGUGAUGAUGUUUUCAGUUGAUUCCUUUGAUGGCAUCCAUCGCUGUGCCGACUCUCCGUUUGUCUAAAAAUGAAGUGGACUUUGGCACAUGCCUAGUUGGCCAAGCAGUUGAAAUGCACGUGACUCUGUUUAAUCCCUCCCAGUCUGCCUCUGCUUGGAUUGCUUAUAAAGGUAAAUGUAACCUAUUUUCUUUUAAGCCCAAAACUAGCGACUAGUUCCGAAUCUCUAAAGAGGUCUGUGUGGGAGGCUGUACUAGGGGAAAGGUAGAAGAAAGAAGUGAAAAGGGUAGGAAACUUUCUUUCUCUUCUCUCCCCUCCCGCCUUAAACCCCAAAUCGCCUCUCUCCUAGCCCUUAAGAGAGGCCCGGUCAGUACUCAGGGUACGUUGCAGGGUACUUAAUCAAGAGUUUAAUCUCUUAAGUCAUGACUUCAGCCAAAGGGCUUCUCGUGACCAAAAAUCUGUGCGAGGUAUCAGAAUUGUUUCAUGGUCUUUUUUAUCUGCUUCAAUGUCAGUGGUUAAGCCAACAUCGUUUAGUAGUAGAGCUGCUGUCCUUUAUGGAUUAAAUAGUGAAAUUUGAACUUUUUUAUUUGUAUUUUUCGUUUUUACAGACCCUCGUUAUCCGUCGAUCAGUCAACAGGUUUUCGUUGUUACCCCGAUAGAAGGAUUUCUUGAGGCCAACACAAGCCUUGUUGCAAGGACAAAGACUACUCUAAAAAUUACCUUCACAGCAAAGUAAGUCCUCACUGUUUUCCAAUAAUUUUAUUUUUCAUUCCUAGCUUCCAGCAUAAGUUUUUUAUAUUCGGUGGUUUGUUUAUCCUUUCUGGCCUCACGACGUUCGCAAAGGACUUUUUCCUUUGUUCUGUUUUUAUUAAAUUUGCAUUCAAAAAUGAAUACGCCACUUGCACAUCUCCCAUAAUGCACCUUAUUUGCCCCCCACCCCUCCCCCCUCCCAAAUUUUGCAUAACCUUUGCUUUUCAUUUCUCCUGGGUAUUACAGCCGUCCUAAGAGAAAUUGAAAACGAUGCUUACGUAAAAUUUUGGGGGGCAAAUAAAGUAUAUUAUGAGAGAUGUGCAAGUGGCGUAUAUGAAGAAACAUGAGGCACUUUAAAUUAAACAGAGUAACAUGACAUGUUCUGAUAUGGACUGUCUGAAUACCCGAUAUAGGAAGGGUCGGCGAGUGGAUGAAAUCACUUAACAAAGCGGGGAUCUUGAUUUUCAAAUUUUAUUCAGGUCCCUACGGCAGUCCCAGUUUAUCUUUUCUCCUUUUCAUUGCAGGCACAAUAUUGAGUACGAAUGUGUUGUUAUCGUCAGCGGUAAACUUCAGGAAGAGGAGCAGACACUAGUAAUGAGAGGAAGAGGAUCAUACGAUCAAGUACACGAGCGUCUUGUUAACGUUACCACAGACACGUGACUGUAGUAUGUGCCUUACAUUCUGUUGUAAUCUUGUGGUAAUCGUAUCCCUUAGAAGUACUAGUUUAAGGUGAAACAUCGUCACGUGUACUGUAUUUUUCCCGAAAAUUCUCGGGGAGUUCAUUCAUUCUCCAAUGGGCUGUAACGAAUAUUGUUAACAUAAUUUGUAAAAAAAGGUGUAUAUUUCCGAGA